UUAAUUCCCAGCCUGCUACGGCUGGAAGACUACACGGGGGUGUAGUUUUGUCUUUUCAGGGGGCGUCCAGCAAGCGGCCCGUCUUUAAGGACAAAGUUGGACCAUCGAGAAGCUGCUCGGCUUCAUCGGGGGGGGGGGGGGCUCCGUCCCAACACCAGCGGGCGGCCUUUCACGCUGCCAAGCCAAGAAGGAGAAGAAGAUGUCGACCCAGCAGGCGCCGACUUUCACGCAGCCGCUUCGGAGCGUGGUGGCACUAGAGGGUAGUGCCGCCUCGUUCCAGGCGCAAGUGAGCGGUGCUCCGGUUCCCGAGGUGUCGUGGUUCCGCGACGGCCAGGUCCUGUCUGCCACCGCCUUGCCCGGCGUUCAGAUCUCGUUCAGUGAAGGCCACGCUGUUCUGAGCAUCGACGCCGUCAACGCCACACACAGCGGGAGGUUUUCCGUCCGGGCCACCAACGGAGCCGGACAAGCCACCAGCACCGCCGAACUCGUGGUUACAGCGGAGACGUCACCUCCCAGUUUCCUUCAGAGACUCCAGAGCUCGACGGUACGGCAGGGUAGUCAAGUGAGACUCGCCGUCCGAGUCACGGGCAUCCCGCCGCCCGCCGUCGUGUUCUACCGCGAGGGAGCCGAAAUCCAGAGCUCGGCGGACUUCACGGUCGUCCGAGACGGCGACUCGUACAGUCUGCUGAUCGCCGAGGCCUUCCCGGAGGACUCCGGGACCUACUCGGUGACGGCCACCAACAGCAGCGGCCGGGCCUUGUCCAGCGCCGAGCUGCUGGUUUACGGUGAGGAAGUGGUCCCGGCCAAGAAAACCAAGACCCUGCUUUCCAGUUCCCAGGUUUCCGGCUCACAGAUGAGUCUUCAGACCGGGGUGGAGCAGAGUUUUCAGAGCAUGGCCACCAUGGAGAUGCAAGUGGAGAGUGCCGAGUCGACGGCGCUCCUGGCUCCCCAAGCUGCGAUUGCCGGGGUGACGGUGGGGCGGCGGCAGUCGCCCGUCAGACCCGUCAAAGCGCCCGCGUCUUUGCCCGGCAGGGCCGUCGUGUCGCCGACGGGCACACUGGAGCUGGGGGACGGCGGCUCCGACGUCCUUCCCCCCUGGAAGCUGACCGAGGGCGGCGGCGAUGUGGCUCAGCUGGACCGGGAACAGCAGCUCAUCUGCAUCACGCAGGCGGCGCAAGAAACUGCCGCGAUUCCCCCCGGAGACGGCGCGGUCCCGCCCGUCUUGCUUUCUGCUUUGAAGAAUACAAAUGUGACCGAAGGCGAGUGCGUGAGCCUGGAGUGCCAGAUCGGCGGGCGACCCGCCCCCGUCAUCAUGUGGUUCCGGGAGGACUACAAGAUCGAGAGCUCGGCCGACUUCCAGAUCAGCUACGACCGAGCCGGCUGCGCCCGCUUGCUGAUCCGGGAGGCCUUUGCCGAGGACAGCGGCCGCUUCACCUGCACCGCCACUAACCAGGCGGGAACCAUCAGCACUUCCUGCUACCUGCUCGUCCAGGUGUCUGAGGACAUCGAGAGCCGAGAGGAGGAGGUCGAAGAGAGGGCAGUCUCCGAGCAAGAAAGCGUCACCCAGGCGAGCGCGCUGGAGUCAGAGUCCUGUGCCGAGGCGCCUUUCUUUGUCAAGACUCCCGGCGUCCAGAAGCUGGUGGAGGGCGCAAGCGUCGUCUUUGAAUGCCAAGUCGCCGGGAGCCCUCGCCCGCAGCUCGUCUGGAAGAAGGGCGGUGUCCCGCUCACCAGUGGAUACAGAUACAAAGUUGCCUACCAGAAGGAGAGCGGCCUUUGCCACCUGCUCAUCUCUAUGACUUUUGCUGACGAUGCCGGAGAAUAUACCGUCGUUGCCAGGAACCGGCUCGGAGAGUCCUCCGCCAUCGCCAGGCUGCUGGAGGAAGAUGAAUACGAAGCGUACGUAAAGAAACAGGAGGUGACCUCCGAGAAGGGAGCGGAAGCACCAGUGCGGGAACCCCUGGUCGGAGACGUUGCCCCCACCGUGACCGUGACGGACAAGAUGACCACCACCACCUUUCUCUCUGGAGAGGAUUUCCGCCUGUCCAUCAUCGAGCAGCGCAUCAUGCAGGAGAUCGAGCUGAGCGUCCUGAGAAUCACUUACGCAGAGCUGCUGGCAGAGGAUGGCGAACAGAUGGCGAGCGCCGCCGACCAGGAGGCCGUGGCGCCCGCCUUUGACGCCCUGGUGAAAAACUACCGUAUCGUGGAAGGAAUGGGUGUCACCUUCCACUGCAGGAUCUUCGGAGUGCCGCCACCCAAGAUCGUUUGGUUCAAAGACGGUCAGCGCAUCCACGCCGGCGGACGCUACCAGGCAGAGGUUCUUCGGGACGGCCGUGCCAGCCUACGACUGGCAGUGGUUCUGCCCGAGGACGAGGGUGUGUACAGCGCCUUGGCCAGCAAUGAGAAGGGAAACGCCGUCAGCUCCGGGAAGCUCUACGUGGAGCCCUACGUGGAGCCCUACGUGGGGCCCUCUGGCAGCGCGUCGCCCCAGACGUACACCCCACAGCCGGCCCCGCAGAGGAUCCGGUCAGCGUCUCCUGGCUCGCCUAGCCGCUCCUCCAGCCGCUCUCCCAGCCGUUCUCCCGCCCGAAAGCUCGACGACACGGACGAGGCUCAGCUGGGGAGACUCUACAAGCCCGUCUUUGUGGUGAAGCCCACCUCGCUCAGAUGCUCCGAGGGGCAAACUGCCAGAUUUGACCUGAAGGUGGUUGGCAGACCCAUGCCGGACACCUACUGGUUCCACAACGGAGAACAAGCGGUCAGUGAUUACACCCACAAGAUCGUGAUUAAAGAGGACGGCACUCAGUCCCUGAUCAUCGCCCCGACCGUGCCGCAUGACUCGGGCGAGUGGACGGUGGUCUCUCAGAACCGGGCCGGACGCUCAUCCAUCUCAGUCACGCUCACUGUGGAUGCCAAAGAAAUGUUGGUGCGUCCACAGUUCACAGAAAGGCUGAGGAACGUUAGCGUGAAGAAAGGAACUCUGGUGGAACUGGCCGUCAGAGCCAUCGGGAACCCCUUGCCCGAAAUCGUCUGGCUGAAAAAUAGUGACAUUGUCACACCUCACAAGCAUCCACAUAUCAAGAUCGAAGGAACCAGAGGAGAAGCGAGAUUCCAGAUUCCGUCGGUGUCGGCUUCCGACAGCGCGUGGUACACGGCCACGGCCAUCAACAAAGCUGGCCGGGACACCACCCGCUGCAGAGUCAACGUGGAGAUGGACUAUGCUGAGCCGCAGCCCGAGCGGCGGCUCAUCAUCACCAAAGGAACCUACAAGGCCAAAGAGAUCGCCGCCCCCGAGCUGGAGCCCCUGCAUCUCCGCUACGGCCAAGAGCAGUGGGAGGAGGGAGACCUUUACGACAAAGAGAAGCAACAGAAACCGCAGUUCAAGAAGAAGCUGACCUCGGUUCGGAUGAAGAAGUUCGGCCCCGCCCACUUUGAGUGCAGGCUGACCCCCAUCGGCGACCCCACCAUGGCGGUGGAGUGGCUCCACGACGGCAAGCCCCUGGAGGCCGCCAACCGGCUGCGCAUGAUCAACGAAUUUGGCUACUGCAGUCUGGACUACGAGGUGGCGUACGCGCGAGACAGCGGCGUCAUCACCUGCAGAGCCAGCAACAAAUUUGGAGCGGACCAGAACUCGGCCACCCUCAUCGUCAAGGACGAGAAGGGGCUGGUGGAGGAGAGCCAGCUGCCCGAGGGGAGGAAGGGAGCGCACCGUCUGGAAGAGAUGGAGCGCCUGGCUCACGAGGGCGGACCGGCCGGGGUGAGCGGCGCCGACGAGCAGACGGAAAAGACCAAACCCGAGAUCGUCCUGCUUCCCGAGCCGACGCGAGUGCUGGAAGGCGACGUGGCCCGAUUCCGCUGCAGAGUGACCGGUUACCCUGCGCCCAAGGUCAACUGGUACCUCAACGGACAACUCAUCCGCAAGAGCAAGCGCUACAGACUACGUUACGACGGCAUCUACUACCUGGAGAUCGUUGACGUCAAGUCUUACGACUCGGGCGAGGUCAGGGUGGCCGCGGACAACAACUUGGGCUCUACUGAGCACACGGUUAAACUGGAGAUUCAGAAGAAGGAGGACUUCAGGACGCAUCUUCGCCGGGCUCCGGAGCCCAGAGCGCCUGAGAUUCAACCCGAAGCUGGAAAGACUCUAUUUGAGGUGGUGAGGGUGGAGCAAGCCCCGGAAGACAGUCGGCAGAAAGAGAUCAUCAAGCUCAAGAAAGCCCAGAGAAUUGUGCGUGAAAAAGCCACAGAGGAAUCGGAGGAGUUGAGGAGCAAGUUCAAGCGCAGGACAGAAGAGGGCUAUUACGAGUCCAUCACGGCGGUGGAACUCAAGUCUCGUAAGCGAGACGACUCCUACGAGGAUCUUCUGAGGAAGACAAAGGAGGACCUCCUGCAUCGAGCCAAGGAGGAGGAAGAAAAGAAAAAAGAGGACGCCGCGCCAGGCAAAACGGCUGCCAAACCGCUUCAAGCGGAAAGGCUCAAGCUGUCGGCCAGCAUGGAAGCUCCCAAAAUCCUGGAGCGCAUCUCGAGUCAGACCGCGGCACGAGGGGAGGAAGUCAAGUUUCGAGUCCGGGUCGUCGGCAAACCCGAACCUGAAUGCCAGUGGUUCAAGAACGGCGUUCAGCUAGAGAAGACUGAGCGCCUUUAUUGGUUCUGGCCCGAAGACCACGUGUGUGAGCUGGUGAUCAGAGACGUCCGGGCGGAGGACUCGGCCAGCAUCAUGGUGAAAGCCACCAACUCCGCUGGCGAAACCUCCAGUCACGCAUUCCUCCUGGUGCAAGCAAAACAAGUCAUCAGCUUCACACAGAAGCUGGACCACAUCGAUGCCAAGGAGAAAGACACCAUGGCCACCUUUGAGUGCGAAACCAACGAGCCCUUCGUCAAAGUCAAAUGGUUGAAGAACAACAUGGAGAUCUUCUCCGGAGACAAGUUCAGGAUGCACGCAGACAGGAAAGUCCACUUCCUGUCUGUGCUCAUGCUGGAGAUGAGAGACGCCGCCGAAUAUUCCUGCGUGGUGGUAGAGGACGACCUCAUCAGGACCAGCGCCGAGCUCAACGUUGAAGGAGCCCCGCUGGAGAUCCUGAAAACCCUCGAGAGCGCCGAGGUGCCCGAGAGCUACUCUGGAGAGUUUGAGUGCGAGCUUUCCCGUGAGGAUGCCCAGGGCGCCUGGUUCUUUGGAGACAAACAGCUGUUCCCGAGCAACAAGCACGUCAUCGCAUCGCGGCGCGGACGUCACAGCCUGUCCGUCAAAGAGGUCAACAAAGCCGACCAGGGACAGUACUCCUUCGCGGUGGGUGACUUGAAGACCUGCGCGUCACUCAAGAUGAAAUUUCGUCCCGUCACUCUGAUGCAGCCUCUCGCUGAUCUGACUGUCUGCGAGGGGGACAUUGCUCAGAUGGAGGUCAAGUUCUCUCAAGGGAACGUGGAAGGUACCUGGAUGAAGGACGGACAAGCUGUGAGCGUUUCGGACCGGGUGCACGUGGUCGUCGACAAACACAUCCACAAGCUCCUCGUUGAAGACGCCAGGGAGGACGACUGUGGCGCAUAUACGUUUGCGGUCCCCGCUCAGGGGAUCUCCACCGCUGCAAAGCUGACUAUCCGCACAAUCGGCAUCCUGGUCCCGCUCAAGGACACGAGCGCGGUUGAAGGCACCAAGACGGUUCUGGAGGCCAAGAUCUCGGCUCAGGACAUCAGCUCGGUCAAGUGGUAUCGCGACGACCAAGUGCUGACGCCCAGUGACCGGGUCCAGAUGGUGGCCAAGGGAGCCAAGCAGCGCCUUGUCUUCAGCAGGACCUUCGCCUCAGACCAAGGUUACUACAAGCUGGUGGUGGGCCGAGCCGACACCGGCUGCAGAUUGUCUGUGCAGACUGUCCGAAUUGUGGUUCCGAUGAAGGACAGGACGUGCGCCGAGUCGGAGAACGUGACUUUUGAAGUGCAAGUGUCUCACCCCGGUAUCGACGCCUUCUGGACUUUCAAGAGGCAGCCGCUCAAAGCGGGAAGCAAAUACAAGAUGGAGUCCAAGAACACCUCGCACAUGCUGACGGUCCUAAAUGCCAUGAAGGACGAAGAAGGCGAGUACGCCUUUGCUGCCGGCGAGAAGACAUGUGCCGCCCUGCUCACCGUUUCUGGAGGCGCUAUCAAGAAGCCUCUUCAGGACUCUGUGGUAGCUGACUCGCAGACGGCCGAGCUGACGUGUGAGGUCGCCAACCCGUCGGCGGACGGACAGUGGCUGAAAGACGGGCAGCCCGUGGACUUCAACGAGAACGUCCUGAGCCGGGUGAACGGCCGUGUCAGAAGCCUCAUCAUCUUCGUCGCCAAAGCCAGUGACGUCGGAGAGUACGCCUACCAGAUCGCAAGUUCCAAGACCUCGGCCAAUCUCAAAGUCGAAGCCGUGAAGGUGAGGAAGACUCUGAAGAACUUGAAUGUGGUCCAGACACAAGAUGCCAUGUUCAGCCUGGAACUGACCCACGAAAACGUAAGGGGAGCACAGUGGAUCAAGAACGGAGUGGAGAUCAAGCAAAGCGACAAAUAUCAGAUCAGCGUCAGCGGCAACGUGCACACCUUGAAGAUCAACGACUGCACCGCACACGACGAGUCCGUUUAUUCCUUCAAGCUGGGCAAGCUGUCGGCCAGUGGCAGGCUGAACGUUGAGACCAUCAAGAUCCUGAAGAAGCCCAAGGACGUCACGUCGCUCCUGGGAGCCACCGCUGCCACGUUCGAAGUGACCAUCUCGGAGGACGACGUUCCCGUCAAGUGGCUGUUCAACAAUGAGGAGCUGCAGACCGACCAACACUACAGUAUGAUCUCUGAGAAGAAGACACACAAGUUGGUGGUUAGGGAUGUCGACGGCAGCAAAGAGGGGGAGUACACGGCGGUGGUCGGUCAUCUGCGCUGCAGCGCUCGCCUCACCGUCGAGUCUCUUCGCGUGACCAAACCCCCGGAGAGCGCGUCGGUGGCCGAGACCCAGGAGGCCACCUUCGAGUGCGAAGUGUCUCACUUCAACGUGCCGUCCGCCUGGCUGAAGAACGGCGUGGAGAUGGAGAUGAGCGAGAAGUUCCGUAUGGCCGUGCAGGGCAAGCUCCACCAGCUGAAGAUCCUCAACGCUGGCAGGGACGACUCGGCCGAGUACACCUUUGUGUGCGGCGAGGACCGCGUGUCGGCCACGCUCGCCGUCAGCCCCAUCGUCAUCUUGGCCGCGCUUCAGGACGUCAACGCUCAGGAGAAGGACACGGUCACGUUUGAGGUGCGGGUCAGCCACGAGGGCAUCACCUCUAGAUGGCUGAAGAACGGCGUGGAGAUCCGCUCUAGCGACCGAUGCCAGGCUCGCCGGAAGCAGCAGACGCACACGCUGAGCAUCAGGAACGUUCACUUUGGGGACAGCGCAGAGUACGCCUUUGCCGCGGGACAAUCUCUCACCGUCGCAAAGCUCUACGUGGAAGCUCGUGUGGUUGAAUUCCGCAAACACUUGAAGGACUUGAAGAUCACAGAGAAGAAGAGAGCAACUUUUGAAUGCGAGGUGUCCGAAGCAAGCGUCCAGGUGAUGUGGAUGAAGGACGGUCAGGAGCUGGAGCCGUCCGACAGAUACAAGAUGACCUCCGAGAUGUUUGUGCACCGCUUGCUUUUGCCGUCCGUCCGCCUAUCUGACUCCGGAGAGUAUGCGGCCGUAGCCGGCUCCAGCGUGUCCAAGGGGAACCUGUCGGUGGAGGGACGGGACAUCGAGAUCUCGGAGCCCGCCAGUAAAAACGUAACUGUUGUGGAGGGACAAACAGCCGUGCUGGAGUUUGAAGUGAGCGAGGACGAGGUGGAGGGUCGCUGGCUGCGAAACGAGACGGAGAUCCAGCUGCCGGGCGACCGACGCUUCAGCUACGUCGCCGUCGGAAAGCUCCACCGCCUCAGCCUGGCCGAGACCUACAGGAGCGAUGCUGGCCAGUACGCUUUUGUCGCCGGGAAGAACUCCAGCAGGGCCGUCAGUCUCCAUGUGCGAUUACCCGAAGCCCCUCAGGUGCUCCGGCCCAUGCAAGCCCAGACGGCCACGUCGGGCAAAUUGGUUCGCUUCUCGGUGCGGGUGAGCGGCCUCCCGCCACCUCGGGUGACCUGGUACAGAGGCUCCCAGGCUAUGAGCGCCAGCGCCACCUGCAAGUUCCUGCACGACCAAGACGAGCACACGCUGCUGCUGACGGAGGUUCUCCAGGCGGACGCCGGCAUCUACAGCUGCGAGCUCAAAAAUGACUUUGGAGAGGCCGCCAGCUCGGCAUCGCUGGAUGUGGAAGUUCCUGAAGAAGGCGCGCCCCAGGUGCCUGCUCCGGUUCUGCUUUCUCCCAUGAGCAACACCCUGGCGACUGCGGGACACGCGGCCCAACUGGAGUGUCGCGUGUCUGGGGAAGAUUUGCAAAUCAGCUGGUGGCGGAACGACAGAGAGCUCAAACAAUCGGAGGUCUUUAGGAUGUCUCGAUUGGGAGACGUCUGCCAGUUGAGGAUUUCCAGCGUGGCGCCGGAGCACCAGGGAGAGUUCUCGUGCGUCGCCAGCAACUCGGGCGGCACGGUCAUGUGCGAAGCUAGUCUCUAUGUUGACGAUGAAAAUGCCUUUGAUAAUACUUUGGCCGAGGCUAAGCUGAGUCAAAGGCUGGAGACUCGGAGCCUCAGCGAGUUUACCAAGUCCUACUCUGAGAGCUCCAGUGUGUCUUGGCGGACGGUGGAGGUGGUGGAAACUGAGAGCUCGGAGCGCAGCCUUCCCAUCUCGGCGCCUCUGAAGCCCCGAGCGCUGAUGGAGCUGCGGGACGUCCGCGUCAAGAGCGGCGAGAUGGCCGAGUUCUGCUGCUCUUUUGACGGGCAGCCGUUCAUCGGGGUGGUUUGGGACCACAAUGGCCAGAACCUGCUCAGGGAGCGGGCAAAGAGCUCUCAGAAGGGAGGACUCUUGUCCCUGGUCAUCCAGAGCGUGAGUCUGGCCGACCAGGGCGUAUACCGCUGCACGGCCACCAACUCUCACGGCCACAGCAGCUCGUCCGCUCGCCUCACUGUAGAAGCUAAAGAGGCAAAUGUCAAAGGCGAGUGCGCCCUUGCGACAGAUUCUGUGUACGCGGCCUCACGGGCCGGCAGGGACAACACAAAAGCUCCCCCGGUGAGCUUGGACCCGGAGAAGACGGCAGAAAAGCCAGGAUCCCUGCCUCCGUACUCACAGCUGUACUCGCUGAGCAGCUUUCCCGACAGCCGCCCGUGCAGCUGGCGCCCCGACUUCCUCCUCCGGAUCCCCCGAGGUCUGCUGGUGCGCAAGCGCAACCCCCCACUGUGUUGCGCCACCAAGGGGAUCCCCGCCCCCUUUGCCGUUUGGCUUUACGGAGGCUUGAGUAUUGGGGAUUCCGUGUGGUACUCGAGCAAAGGUGACGGCCCCGUGUGCCGUUCGCCCGUUAAGAAGGUCCAAGGCGGACAAGCGGGCUCUUUGUCUUUUGAAAGCUCGGCCGAGGAUGUCGAGUGCGGCUUGGUGACUACAGUCACGAUGCACGAGAGGGUGGCUGUGAGCCAGGUCCAGGAGCAAGUCUCAGGUCUGAGCGCAGCCCACGGGUACACCCGCCGGGGCUCCGACCGGGAAGGAGGAGAGGCUUCCUCCCAGGUUUCUCUCACCAGCUCAGAAAACACAGUGCCUCCGAAAUUUGACAGCCCACUGCAGCCGCUAGUGCUGAGUGAGGGUGACAAUUUGAGCCUUAAAUGUCAUGUGACUGGCACCGCUCCACUCACCAUCAUCUGGAUGAAGGACCGGCGGGAGCUGAGGUCCACUUCCAGCACAAAGAUCACCUUUGUGAGCGGAACGCCUUGUCUGAAUAUCAGCCAAGUGAGCAAAAGCGCAGGGGGAGACUAUCUGUGCAAGGCAAGCAACUCUGCCGGGACAGACUUCUGCAAGGCCAAAGUCACCGUCAUAGAACGCAAGGCAAUCCCUGACGUCUCUACCCCUGCCGCCGCCGCCCCCGUCAAGCGUCUGGACAAUCUUUUCUUCAUUGAACAACCAAAGAGUGUUUCUGUCACAGAGAAGGGCACGGCCACCUUUAUCGCCAAGAUCGGAGGCGAGCCUAUUCCCAGCGUCAAGUGGAUGAAGGGCAAAUGGAGGCAGCUGACCACCGGCGGCCGCGUCUCCAUCCAGCACAAGGGCCAGGAGGCCAAACUGGAGAUCCGGGAGGUGACUAGGUCUGACUCGGGCCAGUACCGCUGCGUGGCCUCAAACAAGCACGGCGAGAUCGAGUGCAGUGCCGAGAUGGAGGUGACCAAAACUGAGAAAGCGGCGGAGGACAUCAGAAUCCGCUUAAAGAAGACCCCCUCAAAGCAGAAGAGCCCCCAAAAAGCAGAUGAGGUCAACUUGGUUGAGUUGCUGCGAGGCCAUGAGCCCAAAGACUACGAGAAGAUCCUGAGAGAGCACCACAUUCACAACUAUCGAGCUAUACUUCAAGCGGUGGAGCUGCUGAAGCAGGAAAAGGAGAUGGAAGCUGUGGAGACACAACUUGACGAGCAGGUCUAUGACGAAGAUAUGGUCCGCUUCAUCCAGCAGCUGGAGGGACGCAUGGACACGGAGCCCGUCACUGUGCUGGAGGACAUCGGCGACCAGAGUGCAUGUGAAAACGACAACGCUACCUUUGAGUGCCGGAUCAGGAUCAACUACCCGGAGAUCACCUUGACCUGGUACAAAGGAACCCAGAGAUUGGAGGACGGCGCAAAGUACAGCAUCCGCAGUGACGGCGAGCGCCACAGCCUGGAGAUCCGCCAGUGCCGGGCCAAGGACGAGGGCCACUACCGGGUGGUCUGCGGUCCUCACAUCUCCGACGCCAGUCUCAGCGUCUCCGUUGACAGGACACCGAAGGAGACGCCCGCUGCAUCUGAAGCUCCGGCUCCUGCUCCACUCAAAGACCCUGACCGCCAGAAGGCAGAGAUGACAGCGCCACAAGAGGAGCUGCUCCUCUCCGAAGGGAACCAAAGUUGGAAAGCUUCCCCUGCCAGAGCCGCAGAGGACAGUAGGACUCCUCCCGCAGCCUUCCCUCCAGAGGAGAAGGAAGUGGCAGCAGAGGCACCCACUCAAGUCCUUACCGCCCCAGAGGAGAAACCUUCUCCAGCAGCCAAAGCAGGGGCCAAAGCGUCUCCUGUCUUGAAGCGAGUCCCUCCACCCGCAGACAAGGAACCGGUUAAGGCUCCUGGACCAACCAAAGCACCGGUUGAACCCAAAAUUGAGACAAGAGCAGCAGCAGCAGCAACAGCAGCACACAAGGUGCACACAAAGCAUCUUGACCGAGAGCCCGACGUUCCCGGUCCGCAUGAAAGACAAGGUCGGGAUUCAACAAUCAAAGGUCGGGAAGGUUUCGUCACUCUGACCCAAGAGACGAGUCAAGUCCAGCUUUGCGAAGUACGUGACGAGCUUGCGGUUGCUUAUCAAAUGGAGACAGAAAAACCGAAAGGAACGACCGCUUCCAAAAAAGUAACUCAAGUGCCAGGCAAGCCGAUACAAUCCAUCAAAUCGAAAAGACUAAAUAUCCAACUCGAAGGACGUCCCGGCUUGCCAAAGGAUGGCCCCAUUCCAAAAGCUGAAGAUGACGCCAAAGCGACGAAACCUGCUGAUGGCGAGCACAGAGAGUUAAGAGUCACCACGAGUCAAGCAGUCUUCAUGUGGGAUCAAGAGGUGUCAAAAACCACGCUGACAGCCGCAGAGCUACCGGACAGACUGGCUCCAGAGGCGCCCAACCCUGCCCUAGGAGAGAAAGACAAGCACAACAUUUCACACAGACAAACUGAUCGCAUCAAGACUGGCGCCAAAUUCAAGAGUACGCCAUCGCCUGGACGCAAUGCAGAAAAGGGUCAAGGGGCGUUGGAGCCCAAGAAGCAGCUGAAAAAGGUGGAACCAAAAGAGGCUGACAAGUCCAAAGCAAAGGAAGUCACCACUGGAACCGACACUGGUGGUGCUGAGAAAGUGAAAAGGAUGUCAGAAACCGCUUCACCAGAAGUUGCAGCAAUUUUAAAGGAACCUUGCCCUCCAGAGGCCUCCCAAGGAAAGGGGGUCUCACGGGUGAAGCCCACCCGGCAAGAGAAAGAAAUGAUUAAGGAUGAGGCUGAGGACAGCAACGACGCGGCCGAUGAGGAGACCUGGACUCGGGAGCCGGUCCCCUCUGAUGACUGCCGAGUUCAAGGGCUAGAUGGGGCGUGGGAAACCCCAGGCCCUUCUGACAGCCAAAAAGAUGGCAAACCAGCGGAGGAACCUCCCAAAGGACGAGGACGAGGCUUUGGCGUGAGACUAACACCCUCUCCCGGGGAUGGCGGUCGGGGUCGAGGCCUGCGGCCCGGCGGCGGUGGUAAAGGCCCCUCUCCGCCGGAGGAGCCUUUUGGAGGAUUCAAACUCAAAGCGGUGCCGCUCAAGUUCAUCAAGAAGCUGGUGGACAUUGUGCUGCAGGAGGCCGAGUCCAUUGGCUCUUCGGCCGUGUUUGAGUGCCAGGUGUCGCCGUCCACCGCUGUCACCUCUUGGGUUAAGGAUGGCUGCAACCUGCGUGAGGGCCCCAAGUACAAGUUCACCUCGGACGGCAAAGACCGCAAGAUGGUGGUCAAAGACGUGCAGCUGUCGGACACCGGAGAGUACACCUGCGUUGCCAAGAAUGCCGGAAGGGAGAUCACCUGCACCGCUAAACUUGUUGUUGAAGAGCUGCCUGUGAAGUGGGUCAAAGAGUUGGAAGCAGAGACGUCGUGCACCAAGGGUCAGCCCAUGUACCUGACCUGUGAGCUCAACAAGGAGAGGGACGUCAUCUGGAAGCGCGAUGGCGUCAAACUGAAGAGACAGGCCGGCAAGUUGGCCAUCAACAUCAUCGGCUUGCAGCAUGCCGUCACCAUCCAGAACGCCCUCGAGGAAGACAGCGGCGUCUACUCGUGUGAGGUGGACGCGCCGGACGGCAUCACGACCAGCACCAACGUCAAAGUCACCGAGGUGAUCAAAGACUGGUUGGUGAAGCCCCUGAGGGACCAGCACGUGAAACCCAGAUCCAGCGCCACCUUCAGGUGUCAACUCUUCAAGGACACCCCCAACUGGAAGUGGCUAAAAGGCGACACGGAGCUCACGCCUUCCGACAAGGUGGAGAUCAGCAAGGACGGCGUCAGCAUGCAGCUCACCAUCAACAACUGUCAGCCUGACGACGUGUCGGAAUACACCUUUGCCGUGGAGGACCGCAAAUACUUGGCCAAACUGACUCUGGGAGAGCGUGAGGCGCAAAUCCUCAAACCGCUGGCGAGUGUGGAAGUGGUGGAAAAGGAAGAAGCCAAGUUUGACACGGAAAUCUCAGAGGACGACAUCGUUGGCGAAUGGAAGCUCAAGGGACAAGUGCUCAGCAGAUCCCCGAUGUGCGACAUUAAAGCCGAUGGCAACAAACGCUUCCUGAGUUUGAAGAACGUCCAGUUGGAUCAAGCGGGCGAAGUGUCCUACCAGGCUUUAAACGCCAUCACCAGUGCCAUGCUGACUGUCAAAGAGAUCGAAAUGGGCUUUGUGGAGCCUCUGAAGGACGUUUCAGUUCCCGAAAAGAAACAAGCAAAGUUUGAAUGCACCCUCACCAAGCAAGUAUCCAAGGCCAUGUGGUUCCGGGGCACGGAAAUCGUGGCCCCAGGCCCCAAAUACGAGAUCAUCGAAGACGGAAACAAGCACAUGCUGAUCAUAAACAGCUGUGAGUUUGACGACGAGUCCGAGUACUCCAUCCAAGUUUUGGAUCACAAAUCCACGGCUCGGCUUUCGGUGGAAGGCUUGAGGCUUAAGAUUGUCAAGCCGCUGGAGGACCAGACGGUCAAAGAAGGCAAAACGGCUCGCUUUGAGCUGGAGUUGACUCACGACGACGUACCGGUGGUCUGGUACCGAAACGAAGUCAAGCUCCACGUGAGCAGAACGGUGAUCGUGCACGUGGAAGGAAAGAAACACGCUCUGGAAAUGAACACGUUGACGUUGGAUGACACCUGCCAGAUUAAGGCCGAGGCCAAGGGAAUAAGCACGUCAGCAAAGCUGACGGUCAUAGAGGGCGACGCCGUCUUUGUGGUGAAACUCCAAGACUACACGGCCACUGAGAAAGAGCAGGUCUCUAUGGACUGUGAGCUCAACAAAGACGUCCCCGUGAUUUGGUAUCACCAAGAGAAGGAGAUGAUGGCUUCCAAGACGGUGCUCAUUCAAUCCGAGGCAACUCGCAGGUCUUUGGUCUUGAUGAAGGUGGAGCGGAGCAGUCAAGGAAAGUAUACCUGCGACUGCGGGACCGACAAGACGGUCGCCGACCUCACUGUGGAAGCUCGCGUCAUCAAGCUGCUUCGACCUAUUUACGGCGUGGAGCUCUUUGACGGCGAAACGGCUCGGUUUGAGGCGGAGAUCUCUGAGGACGACGUCCACGGCCAGUGGCUGCUGAACGGAGAAGUUCUGAGCGCUUCCUCUGAUGUGGACAUCAUUGAAGAGGGAGGCAAGCACACGCUCAUCCUGUACAACUGCAAAGUGCCCAUGAGCGGUGAGGUGGCUUAUUCCGCCGGAAAUGCCAAGUGCGCCGCCAACCUGAAAGUCAAAGAACUUCCGCUCAACUUCCUGAUGCCGCUGAGCGACGUGCACGUGUUCGAGAAGGACUCCGCCCGAUUCGAGCUGGAAGUGUCCCGAGCGCCCAAAUCCUUCCGUUGGUUGAAGGAUUCCCAGGAGCUGGGGAGCGACGACAAGUACGAGAUCAUCCGAGACGGCAACUCGUACGCGCUGCUGAUUCGCUCGGCCACCUACGACGACGAGGCCAAGUACGUGUUUGAGGCGGAAGACAAGAGGACCAGCGGAAAACUGGCCAUCCAAGGAAUCCGCCUGGAGUUCCUCAAGCCCAUCAAGGACGUGACGGUGAAGGAGCGCGAAACGGCCGAGUUCAGCGUGGAGCUCUCGCACGAAAACAUCCCUGUGGUCUGGUACAAGAACGACGUGCGACUUCACCCGGCAAAGGCCAUCCACAUGACGGACCGCGGCGCGGUCCAUAUGCUGGCCUUCAAGGAGGUUGCCCUCGACGACACGGCCAUGAUCAAGGUGGAGGCCGCCGACAAGAGCGUCAACGCCAUGCUCACCGUCAUCGAGGGCGACCCAUAUUUCACCAGCAAGCUGCAGAACUACACAGCAGUGGAGAAGGACCAAGUGAAGCUGGUGUGCCAACUGAGCAAGGCGGCGGCCGACGUCAAAUGGUUCAAGGACGGGAAGGACCUCACACCCUCCAAGAACGUCAGCGUCACCGGCGAAGGCAAAAACCGAAUUCUGAUUCUGCGUAAGGCCGAGAAGAGCGACACGGGAGAAUACGCGUGCGACUGCGGCUCCGACAGGACGGAAGCGUAUCUCCAAAUUGAAGAUCGUGACAUCAAGGUGGUGCGUCCCCUGUACAGCGUGGAGGUCACCGAGACGGAGACGGCCAAGUUUGAGACGGAGCUUUCCGACGAGGAUGUGGAGGGACACUGGAAGCUGAGAGGAGAAGCUUUGCACCCGUCGGCCGAUGUGGAUAUCAAGGCAGAGGGCCCCAAGCAUCUCCUUAUCCUCUACAACGUCCGUAUGGACAUGGCGGGAGGCGUGGACUUCUCAGCGGGCAACGCCAAAACAAACGCUCAGCUGCGAGUGAAAGCUCGAGCCAUCAGCUUGCUGCGACCACUGAAGGACGCCACUGUGACGGCCGGAGAGACGGCCACCUUCUGCUGCGAGCUGUCCUACGAAGGCAUCGUGGUAGAGUGGUUCCUGGCAGGGAACAAGAUGGAGGACGGCGAGCGGGUGAAGACUCGAGCAGAUGGCCGGAUUCACGCGCUGACGGUUCAAGACGUGAAGCUGUCAGAGGCGGGCCCCGUCAGAUUGACCGCCAAGGACUUCCAGACUCAGGCUCAGCUCAUAGUCAGAGAGCCUCCGGUGGAGUUCACCAAGCCUCUGGAGGACCAGACAGUGGAGGAGGAGGCCACGGCCACUCUGGAGUGCGAGGUCUCCAGAGAGAAUGCGCAAGUUGAAUGGUUCAAGGAGGGACAGGGAAUGCAUAAGACCAAGAAAUACAACGUGAUCGUCGAUGGGCGAAAGAGGGCGCUGGUGAUCCACGACUGCAACCUGGACGACAUUAAAACGUACACAUGUGACGCCAAGGACUUUAGGACGUCCUGCUUCCUCGACGUCAUACCGCCUCACGUGGAGUUCAUCAAGCCUCUGCAAAAUGUUGAGGUCCGAGAGAAAGAAUCUGCCAAGUUUGAAUGCCAAGUAUCCCGACAGUCCGCUAAGGUUUGCUGGUUCAAGGAUGGCUGCGAGAUAAAAAAAGGAAAGAAGUACGAGAUUACGGCCAAGGGGCUUCAGAGGAUCCUGAUCAUUCACAAGUCUGCCAUGGAUGACGAAGCGGAAUACGAGUGUGACGCAAGGACGUCAAAGAGCUCCGGCAUGCUGACUGUCAUUGAGGAGGCUGCCAGGUUCACCAAGAACCUGUCCAACGUCGAGGGCACCGAGACAGACAGCGUUAAGAUGAUCUGCGAGGUCUCCAAGCCCGGGGCUCAGGUGACCUGGUACCAAGGAGACCGAGAACUUCCGGAGGGCGGCCGCUACGAGCAGAUCGCGGAUGGUCGUAAACGGAUCCUGAUCAUCCAGGACUUGAGGAUGGAGGAUGCCGGUGAAUACAACUGCAGACUGAGUCCCGUUGUCAAGACAGCUGCUGUCCUGAAACUGAAUGAACUUGCUGCCGAUUUUAUCGCCAGACCGCAGAACCAGGAAGUUGUGGAAGGAGAGAAGGCUGAGUUUGUCUGCUCAGUCUCCAAAGAAACCUAUGAUGUGAAAUGGUUGAGAGGGGAGAAGGAGGUCAUAAGCGGGGACAAAUACCAGAUUGUCAGCCAAGGAAAAAGACGAGCUCUCGUUGUGAAAAAUUGUGAGCUGAAGGAUGAGGGAGGUUACAUGGUCCUCAUUGGCAGUGUUCAAGCCUCUGCUGAUCUCUUGGUGAUCGAAAAACUGAGGAUCAUCACACCCAUCAGAGACACAGAAGUCAAAGAGGGAACCGAGAUUGUCUUCAACUGCGAGAGCAACACUGAAGGUGCAAAGGCCAAGUGGCAAAAGAACCAGGAGACCAUAUUUGAGAGCAGCAAGUACAUGGUGGCUCAGAGAGACAACGUCUUCUCCCUGAGGAUUCGGGACGCUCGCAAGAUAGACGAGGCCGAAUACACUGUCGGCCUGACCAAUCACAGAGGAGAGCACGCCAAGUGCUCAGCCUGCGCGAGAGUUACUGAGGAGAAGCCCAAGUUCCUGGUGCCUAUAGAGGACAUUGAAACCCAGGAAAAGAAGACCAUCAGUUUUGUGUGCAAGGUGAACCGACCCAAGGCGACGGUGAGAUGGCUGAAGGCUGGCCAGGAGGUGGAGCUCAGCAAACGCAUCAUCUACAGAAGCGAAGGUCUCCACCACACGCUCACCAUCAAGGACUGCGUCAUGGAGGACGAGGGCGAAUACAGCGCUGAAGUCGGCGAAGACAAGUGCGCGGCCGAAUUGAUCAUCAGCGAGGCCCCGACGGACUUCACUGCACAACUCAAAGACCAGACGGUCACCGAGUUUGAGGAUGCAGAGUUCACCUGCAAGUUAUCCAAAGAGAAGGCCACCGUCAAGUGGUACAGGAAUGGCCGAGAGAUUCAAGAAGGGCCGAGAUAUCUCACCGAGAGGGAAGGUAAGACGUGCAGGCUCGUCGUCAAGACGUGCAGACCAGAAGAUGAAUGUGAAUACGCCUGUGGCGUGGAAGAGAAGAGAACCAGAGCCAGACUAUUUGUUGAAGAAACCCCAGUAGAGAUCAUCAGACCGCCUCAGGACACUAUGGAGCCUCCCGGUUCAGAUGUGGUGUUUGAGGCGGAGCUCAACAAGGACAGAGUGGAGGUGAAGUGGAUGAGAAACAACAUGAUCAUGAUCCAAGGAGACAAAUACCAGAUGAUCAGCGAGGGUAAAGUUCACAGACUGCAGGUGUGUGAGCUCCGACCUCGAGAUCAGGGCGAGUACAGGAUCGUUGCCAAAGACAAAGAUGCUCGAGCUAAGUUGGAGCUGGCGGCUCCUCCAAAGAUUAAAACCACAAACCAGAACCUGAUAACGGAUGUCGGCAAGCCCUUUGUCAUUACGGUACCCUACGAUGCCUACCCUCGGGCAGAUGUAGAGUGGUUCUUCGACGGCGCCAGUCUACUGCCCCAGAACAUUGACACCUCAGUUGACAAGACAGUGUACCGCCUUAAAAGUCCCACCAAAGAAGACCAGGGCAAGUACAAGGUGGUCAUUCGGAACAAGCACGGAGAGGAUGCGGCCUUCGUUAACCUGGAUGUGAUUGACGUACCCGGACCCGUCAAGAACCUGAGGGUCACCGACACUGUCGACGGUGAAGUCAGUUUGGCCUGGGAGGAGCCCGAGAGUGACGGCGGCAGCAAAAUCACGUCCUAUACGGUCGAGAGGCGCGAUGUCAAGCGCAAGGCCUGGACGGUGGCGACAGACCGCGCUGAUGCACCUGAGUACUGUGUUAGUGGCCUCCAAAAGGAUUCCUGGUACCUGUUCAGAGUCUGCGCCAGAAAUCGUGUUGGGAGUGGACCCCACGUUGUCACUGAAGACGCCGUUCAGGCCAAGAAUAAAUUUGAUGUUCCCGAUGCACCGGAGAAUGUAGAUGUCAGUGCGGUGAACAGAUUUGGUGCCACCGUCAUCUGGGAGCCUCCUCUGUUUGACGGCGGCUCAGAGAUCACCGGCUACGUGAUCGAGCUCCGUGACAGGACGUCGGUAAAGUGGGAGGCGUGCAUGUCCUGCGGGGCCGGCGAACGCUCGGCCAGUCUCAACGACGUGGUCGAGAACAAGGAGUAUAUCUUCAGAGUGCGAGCCGAGAACAAGGCCGGCCUCGGCAAACCCAGCGCUGCCACCAAACCCGUCAAGAUCAUGGAUCCCAUCGAGAGACCAAGCCCGCCCCUCAACCUGAACUUCAACGACCAAACCAAGGACACUGUCUCGCUCACCUGGGAGACGCCUGCCAGCAACGGCGGCAGUAUCAUCACUGGCUACAUCAUCGAGAAGUGCGAGGAUGGCACAGACAAGUGGCUACGCUGCAAUGCUCGACUUUGUGCAGACCUCUUCUACCGGGUAUCUGGACUAAAACACGGUUCCAAGUACCUUUAUCGAGUUUGUGCUGAGAAUGCCGCCGGUAUCUCCGAUCCAGCGGAGCAACUCGGCCCGCUUCUUGCCGACGAUCCUCACGUGGGUCCGACCAUGGAGCUGAGUGCCUUCAGGAAUGGCUUGGAAGUCAUUGUCCCUCAGCCUCUCGCCAUCAGAGUUCCCAUCACUGGGUACCCAACUCCCACCGCCAAAUGGACGUUUGAAGAGAAGGAGCUGACGUCAGCAGAGAAGCGUGCUUCUGUGGUCACGAAGCCCUCGUAUGCAGAGCUUAAAGUUACACCAAGUGUCCGUCCGGACAAAGGGACCUACACUGUACAGCUCGAAAAUGAUAUGUCCUCUGUCUCUGGAGAGAUUGAUGUCAAUGUUAUCGCAUGCCCCAGUGCUCCUAAAGACUUCAAGGUGGCCGAGGUGACCAGACACCAUGUCCACUUGAUGUGGGAGGCUCCUGAGCACGACGGAGGAAGUCCUGUCACACACUACCAGAUUGAGAAGAGAGAAGUGUCUCGUAAGACCUGGGCAAAGGUGGCCACCGGAAUCCUGGACCUUGAGCACACAGUGACGGAUGUAAUUGAAGGGAAGGAGUACCUGUUCAGUGUCGCUGCCUGCAAUAAAUGCGGAGCGGGAGAGCCGUCCUAUAUCGACGAGCCCGUCAAUGUCUCGUCUCCUGCCACUGUACCAGAUCCUCCCGAAAAUCUGAAGUGGCGGGACAAGAGCAGCAAGGGCAUCUUUCUGUCCUGGGAGCCUCCAAAGUAUGACGGUGGCUCCCACAUCAAAGGCUAUGUGGUGGAUAAGUGUCAACGUGGAACCGACAAGUGGGAGCCCUGCUCCGAUCCUGUUCAAGAGCUGAAGUUUCAGGUCACCGGUCUGAUCGAAGGGCAGUGGUAUGCAUACCGAGUCCGAGCGCUCAACAAAUUAGGAGCUAGUCGACCCUGCAAGGCUACUGACGAGAUCCAGGCUGUCGAUGCUAAAGAACCUCCAGAGAUUCAGCUGGAUGUGAAGCUGUUGGCCGGCGUCACCGCCAGAGCCGGCAGCAAAAUUGAACUCCCUGCCGACGUCAAAGGAAAGCCAGAUCCGCGCAUCAAGUGGACCAAGGCCGACCUGGUCCUGCGGGCCGACGACCGCGUUGUCAUCGACACCCAGCCGGGGCACUCCAAGUUGUCUAUUGCCACCACAACCAGAAGCGACAGCGCCAUCUACAUAAUUGAAGCUGUCAAUACCUGCGGACGUGCGACGGCUACUGUCGAUGUCAACAUUCUCGACAAACCUGGGCCACCUGCUGCCUUUGACAUCACUGAAAUCACCAACGAGUCUUGUCUCUUGGCCUGGAACCCUCCGAGGGACGACGGCGGCUCACCCGUUACCAACUACAUCGUGGAGAGUCGCAAGGCUAACCAAGAGGAGUGGACCAAGCUGUCGGCCACAGUGAAAUACACCACUUUCAAGGCCUGCAAGCUCACCGCUCUGAUGGAGUACGUCUUCCGGAUCCGUGCUGAAAACCAGUACGGUGUCGGAGAACCUGCCGAGCACACGCCUAUUAUUGCAAAGUAUUCAUUUGAUCCUCCGGGCCCUCCAUCGAGAGUCACUCCCUCUGACAUAGCCAAGGAUGCCGUGACUCUCAACUGGAUUGAGCCAGAUGAGGAUGGCGGCAGUCCUAUUACUGGUUAUUGGGUUGAGAGGUUUGAUCCUGAGACUGAUAAAUGGAUCAGAUGCAACAAGCUGCCGAUCAAGGACACCAACUUCAGGGUGAAAGGACUACUUACGAAGAAGAAGUACAGGUUCAGGGUCUUGGCUGAAAAUCUGUCUGGAACUGGAAAACCAAGCACAGAAACAGAUCCAGUCCUUAUCAAAGACCCCAUUGAUCCUCCAUGGGCUCCUGGAAAGCCCGUGACCCGUGACAUUGGCAAGACCUCUGCUCUGCUGGCAUGGACUAGGCCCGAGCACGACGGCGGAGCUAAGAUUGAUGGCUACAUCAUUGAGUUUCAGAAAAGAGGAAGUGAUGAGUGGAUCCGCAUUGCUGAGGGCAUUGCACAGACUGAACACCAGCUGCAGGGCUUGAUGGAGAAGCAAGAGUACGCCUUCCGCGUCAAGGCUGUCAACAGAGCCGGCGAGAGCGAACCCAGCGAGCCCUCUGACUCUGUGGUCUGCAAGGAGAGACUCUACCCCCCAUCUGCGCCUCAGUGGCUGGAUGUGGCCAACAUCACCAAGAUCAACGCUGAUCUCAAAUGGCAGGCACCCAGCAGUGACGGAGGCUCGCCCAUCACCAACUAUGUGGUGGAGAAGAGAGACGUGCGACGGAAGGCUUGGCAGACGGUGGACACCACCGUCAAGGAGCUCAAAUACACAGUGACGCCACUUAAUGAAGGCUCGCUGUACGUGUUUCGCGUGGCCGCUGAAAACGCGGUAGGCCUGGGCGAAUUCUGUGAGCUGGAGGACGCCGUGCUUGCCAAAGAUACUUUCACUACUCCUGGACCUCCUUAUGCGCUGACUGUGGUGGAAGUCACCAAGCGACAUGUGCAGCUGAAAUGGGAAGCUCCAAAAAGCCACGGCGGUAGACCCAUCACCAGGUAUGUGAUAGAGAAGAAGGACAAAGUGGGAACACGUUGGUUGAAGUGCUGCAAGACUCCAGACAAAGAAACUCAGUUCAAGGUGGUCGAUGUGGACGAAGGCUCAGAGGUGCAGUUCCAAGUGCGUGCAGAAAACGAGGCGGGGGUUGGAGAACCCAGCGAACCCACCGAGAUCCUUACCAUUGAGGAUCCGACAAGUGCGCCGUCGCCACCCUUGGAGGUGACUGUCCCGGAUAGCAGCAGGGAGCACAUCAACGUCUCGUGGAAGCCGCCAGUCAAGGAUGGUGGCUCCCCUAUUAUUGGCUACCACGUGGAGGUGGCGGAGGCUCGUCCGGAACUGAAGUGGCUCAGGGUCAAUACCAGGCCGAUCAAAGACCUCAAGUUUAAAAUUCAAGAUGGGAUCAAACCAGAAAAGAAGUACGUUAUCAGGGUUCGCGCCAUUAAUGCCUUCGGCGUAGGCGAUCCCUCGGAGCUAUCUGACAAGGUCUUUACCAAGGAUCCAGACUGUGACCCAACCAUGGAGUUGGACACCAAGGAUGUGGUGGUGACGGAGGGAGAGAAGCUGCACCUAAACGUUCCCUACAAAGGCAUCCCCACGCCACAGAUGGUGUGGCAGAAGGACACAGUAGAAUGUCAGAAAGGCGAGCGUCUCUCCAUGAGAGUGGAGAUGAAUAGUUCCCACCUAGAACUUCUCCGAUGCACGCGUUCUGACGCUGGCAUCUACACCAUCACCCUCACAAACAGCCUGGGCACUGCCAAUGGAAACAUUAACGUCAAAGUCAUCGGGCUUCCUGGUCAGUGCAAAGACAUCAGUUCAAGCGAUGUCACCAAGAACUCCUGUAAGAUCAGCUGGGAAGCACCUGAGGAUGACGGCAGGACACCGGUUCUUAGUUACACGCUGGAACGUCGUGAAGCCUCCAAGAAGACCUACAUGCCUGUCAUGUCAGGAGAUAAUGUUCUCAGCUGUGCAGUGAAAGACCUAUAUGUUAACUGCGAGUACUACUUCCGGGUCAAGGCCGUCAACAAGGUGGGCGCCGGAGCCUAUCUGGAGUUGAGAAACCCUGUCAUCAUAGAGGAAAUGAAGCAGAAACCAGACCCACCCAUCCAAGUGGAGGCCCAAGAACCAACCUCCAAGUCUAUCCUCAUCACUUGGAAAGCUCCCGAUUAUGACGGCGGUUGCCCCAUUCAAGGCUACAUCGUGGAGAGGAUGGAGAAGGACGGUGACCGCUACGAGAGGGUUACCCCUAGCUCGGUCCCUGGUUUCAGCCACGUGGUGACAGGUCUCAAGGAGGACACGGAGUACCAAUUCAGGGUCCGAGCCGAGAAUGCCGCCGGAAUCAGCGAACCGUCUCGAAGCACACAACCCAUCCGGGCUGCCGACCCAGUCGAGAAACCCACUGUCACCCUGCAUGCCCGUGUGCAGUGCGGUUUGUGCGUGAAGAAAGGCGAAGAGAUUCGCAUAGACGCAAGCAUCUCGGGCUCGCCUUACCCCAAGGUGACCUGGAUGAGGAACAGUGAGGAUGUCACCAAAGAGCCCGCCAAGAAGGUUGUCCCACAAGUUAAGAAGAAGACCAAAACCAAGGUUUUUGAAGCCAAGGAAGAGUUUGUGACGCCGCUGCGAGAGCGCCUUGGUUUGGACCAGACAAAGAAGGGUCACUCCGCUUUGAUGAUCCGAGAGGCCAUCAGAGCAGACCAUGGCAACUUCACCAUCCAGGUUGAGAAUACUCACGGCGUUGCCACGGCCUCAUGCGUCGUUAAUGUCCUCGACAAACCCGGUCCACCUAUCAACUUCACCUUCGAUGACAUCAGGAACACCUCCGUUGUGUGCAACUGGCAGCCUCCUGAGGAUGACGGUGGCAGUGAGAUCCUGAAUUAUAUCCUGGAGAAAAAGGAUAACAAGAGCGAUGACAUUGGCUGGAUCACCAUCACCUCAACCUCGAAGACUACCAGCUUCCCCGUCACCAAGCUAAUUGAAGGGAAGGAGUACAUCUUCAAAGUUAGCGCCGAGAACAAAUUUGGAUGCGGACCACCUUUGGUGUCUGAACCGCAGGUUGCCAAGAACCUGUUUGAUCCUCCUGAUGCACCCAACACCCCAAGAGUUCACGAGGUGACGGCAAGCUCCGCCCACAUUACCUGGCACGAGCCAAAGGACAAUGGUAGUCCCAUUUUGGGCUACUGGAUCGAGAGAAAAGAAGUGAACAGCAAACACUGGACUCGUGUUAACCGCACGCUCCUCAACUCUCUGGAAGUGAAAGCUAGCGGCCUGAUGGAGGGACUCACCUACAUCUUCAGGGUGUGUGCCGAGAACCUGGCCGGACCCGGACCUUUUAGUGAGCCCACGGACCGCAUCGUUGCUAUGGACGCCAUCCUGCCUCCAGGUCCUCCAACACCAUGGAUCGUAGACACCGGGAAAGACUCUGUCAUUGUGGCCUGGAAGCCGCCUUUGUACAAUGGAGGAGGGGACAUCUUGGGCUAUCACGUUGAGAAGGUGGUGGCUGGGGAGAAGAACUGGACUCGCAGCACAGAGUUCAGGUGCAAGGAGCUGACCUACACUGUCACAGGUCUGACCGAAGGGACCGAUUACUACAUUAGAGUGGUCGCCGUCAACGAUGCGGGUCCUGGAGCCCCCGGAGUCACAGAACCCGUCACUGUCAAGGAGCCACAAGAACCUCCCGCUGUUGACUUCGACAUCUCCGUGAAGAACGGCAUCAUGAUAAAGGCCGGCGAGUCACUGAAGCUUCCCGCAGUGGUGACUGGCCGCCCGCAGCCUGAGGUCAAGUGGGCCAAAGAUGAUGCUGAAAUUGACAAAGAGAGAAUGAUUGUGGAGACAGAAGGCAAGAAUAGCUGUCUGGUCAUCAAAAAGACAGUAAGGGCGGAUCAUGGCAAGUACCAGAUUUCGGGCACCAACAGCAGUGGAACUAAUGCUGCCGAAACCAAAGUCGACGUCAUGGAUGUCCCAGGGCCUGUUGUCGACUUGAAGACUGUGACGGUGACCAAGAAAAAUAUCACUCUCACCUGGUCCGAUCCAGUGGACAACGGCGGCAGCGACAUCAUUGGCUAUGAGGUCCUGAGAAAGGAUGCUAAGAUGAAGCUCUUCCGCCAGCCCGUUGAGGUGGCGUCCUGCAAAUACGACGUGCAGGGACUGCUGGCGGGCGAGGAAUACGACUUUAGGGUCGUUGCCCGGAAUAAGUAUGGAGAUGGCAUUCCUGCGGACCUUGGGCCCAUUCUAGCCGAGGAUCCCAAAGGUACACCGUCUGCUCCUGAGAAGCUGCACUCCACAGACAGAAGCAAGAACACCAUCACGCUGGCCUGGCAGCCACCAUGCAGCGAUGGCGGUAGCCCCAUCAUUGGCUACUACGUGGAGAAGAUGAGAUCGGACGACAACGAGUUCGAGCCGGCCAACCGCAAGAUCUUUACCAAGUGCACCGGUGUCAUCGAGAACUUGUCAGAGAACCAGGAGUAUGAAUUCCGGGUCAAAGCUGUGAAUGAGGUCGGCCACGGCCCGCCGUCCAAGCCCAUCGCAGCCAAGAUUCAGGAUGAUGACAUUGCACCACUUAUUACAAUUCUGAAGUACUUCAAGAGUAACGCAAUCAUUGUGAAGAAAGGCUCAGCCGUCGACAUUCCAGCUGAGGUUAAGGGACUUCCCCUUCCGACAAUCAAAUGGAUGAAAGACGACGAGGUGAUGGACAAGUGUGAAAAAGAGAUGACGAUGGAAACUGAGGAGGUAAAUCGCACAACGUUGAGGACAACCAUUUCCAUGCCGGAAACCAUCAGGCAAGACAAAGGCAAUUACAAACUUUUAGCCGAAAACAGCCACGGCAAAGCUCAGCACGUCAUCCGUGUGGAGAUCCUCGACCGCCCUCUUCCCCCGAGGAACAUUGUGGUCUCGGACAUCAAGGCGGACUCCUGCUACCUGACCUGGGAUGCCCCCGAAGACAACGGAGGCAGUGAGAUCACCAACUAUAUCAUCGAACGCAGAGAUGCCAGCAAGAAGAAAUCAGACUUUGAGGCCGUGACCUCAAACCUCAUCGAUCGUCGCUACGGGGUCUACAAACUGAUUAUGAAUGGCCACUACCAAUUCAGAAUCAGGGCGGAAAACAAAUACGGCGUCAGUGACGGCUGUGACUCCGAGAAGGUAGAACUGAAGGAUCCGUUUGGACUCCCGGGACCGCCGCAAAACCCCAGGAUCAUUGCCGCCACAUCCAACACAAUGACUCUGGCCUGGGAUCCUCCGCUCGACAACGGCGGCUCCACCAUCCAAGGCUACUGGCUGGAGAAGAGGGAACGUGGAGCUGUGUACUGGGGGCGCGUUAAUCGCUGCCCAGUCACCAAACCGGCCGUGAAGGCCCUGCAGUACACUGUCCUCAAGCUCAUCGAAGGAACCGAAUACCAAUUCAGGGUGGCAGCAAGCAAUGCCGCAGGGAUUGGGCCGCCCAGCGAGUCCACAGAGUGCCGCUUCGCCGUGGACCCAUGCAACCCUCCUACUGCACCCGGAUCCCCUGAGGUCAAAGACAAGACCAAGAACAGUGUCACACUCACCUGGAGUCCCCCAGACAGGGAUGGUGGCAGCCCCGUCAAGGGUUACAUUAUUGAGGUUCACGAGGAAGGCUCCCCUGAUUGGAAAAGGGUGAAUCCUGAUGAAAAACUCCACCCAUCCACUGUGAUAACUGUUCCCAACCUAAAGGAGGGCAAGAAGUGUAAGUUCAGGAUCUACGCUGUGAAUGCUGCAGGCAGUUCGGAGCCUGCCAGGACUGCAGACGUCCUUGUUCAGGAUAUCCUUGUUGAGCCGACCGUGUCACUGGACGUGAGUGCCCACGACCUGCUGAACUGCAGGGCUGGAACCACAAUCAGGAUCCCUGCCAGCAUCAGCGGGCGUCCAACGCCUAAGGUAACCUGGACCUUCGACGGAACGGCCGAGACCGAGACGAAAAAUCAACUCCACACACUCCCCGUCGGCUCAGAGAUUCACUCCACCGACACAACCUCCGUGGUCAUCAUUCCUGAGUGCAAAAUGAACCACGCUGGCCGCUACAUCAUCAAUGCAGAGAGCCCAGCCGGACACAAAGUCGUCAAAGUGCGAGUCAACAUCCUUGAUCUUCCAGGACCUCCUCGAGACCUUAAGGUGAGCGACGUGACCAGAGGUACUUGCCGACUCACCUGGAAACCUCCAGAGAACGAUGGAGGAGAGAGGGUGAAGAGCUACUUCAUUGAGAAGAAGACUGUGGUGGGAAAAGCCUGGACAAAGGUGAAUCCAUCCUGUGCUGCGCAGUCACUCGUGGUUCCAGACCUGAUUGAAGGUCAGGAAUACCUGUUCCGCAUCCGUGCCGAGAAUCGAUUCGGUUUUGGGCCCUACGUCGCAACCACCGAGGGAACCACAGCCAGAGAUCCUAUCCAUCCCCCAGAUCCCCCAACCAGGCUUAAAAUUGAAAGUGUGAGGAAGGGAACAGUGAGCCUCACAUGGAAGCCUCCCAAAAACGAUGGUGGAUCACCUGUAACUCACUAUAGUGUCGACCUACUCUGCUGGGAUGCCAGUGGGACUCAGAAAGAGUCCUGGAGGAGGUGUAACAGGAGGGACAUUGAUAUCACGAGCUUUAAGGUGGAGGACCUGACAGAGGGUGAUGAGUACGAGUUCAGAGUGAUUGCUUAUAACCAGGCUGGACCGAGCCGACCAUCUUCUACUGCCGGGCCCAUUCUCAUUCGGGACCAGACCUGCGCUCCAUCCAUUGAACUAAAGGAGUUCAUGGAGGCCGAGCAAGGCAGUGACAUCAGGAUUGUGGCCAGGAUACGCGGCUGCCCGUUCCCCACACUCACUUGGUACAAGGCCCCACCUCACAAGUCUGACAGCAAGGCAGAGGUCUGCUACGAUGAGCACAUCAACAAGAUGGUGUCCGACGACAGCUGCACACUGUUGAUACAGCAGGGCAAACGUCCUGACACCGGCCUUUACACACUGGUGGCCUCCAACAGCCUCGGCAAAGCCUCUAAAGAGAUGAGGCUCAACGUGCUCGGUCGUCCCGGUCCUCCCUCUGCUCCCAUUAAGUUUGAGGAGGUUGGGGCUGAGAGAAUCACUCUCUCCUGGCUGCCACCAAGUGAUGACGGGGGCUCCAAAGUCACCAAUUAUGUCAUCUGGAGGCGGGUGGCCAACAGAAAUACCUGGGUCCCUGUCACCAGCGAGCCCAAAGAACGUAUCUGGACAGUGGAGAACCUGAUGGAGGGCCACGAGUAUGUUUUCCGCAUUAUGGCCCAGAACAAGUAUGGUGUCGGCGAACCGCUAGACAGUGAUCCAGAAGUAGCCAGAAACCUCUAUUCUGUGCCCGGCCAAUGCGAAAAGCCAACAGUGUCCGGCAUCACCCUGGACUCCAUGACCGUGACUUGGGAGGAGCCCGAAGAUGACGGCGGCACGCCGAUCACCGGUUACUGGUUGGAGCGCAAGGAGACCACCGGGAAACGCUGGGCACGUGUCACCCGUGACCCUAUCAGACCCAUGGGCUUGGGUGAAUCAUGUACAGUGAAUGGACUCAUUGAGGGUUCCGAGUACAUCUUCAGAGUUACGGCUAUCAAUGCUGCGGGACCUGGACUCCCCAGCGUUCCGACUGAUCCCAACUUUGCCAGAGACCCCAUCUCCCCGCCCUCUCCUCCAACACCAAAGGUUUCAGAUUGGACAAGGUCAACCGUGGAUCUGGAGUGGAUCCCCCCGCUGAAAGACGGAGGCUCCAAAAUUCUCGGCUACUGGGUGGAGUACAAGGAGGAAGGCACCGAGGCUUGGGUCAAGGCCAAAGACACAGAAAUCCGUGGCACCCGCUUAGUGAUUGCUGGUCUGAAGAGUGGCGGUCAGUUCAGGUUCAGAGUCACGGCCUUCAACCUCGCUGGUGUUAGUGAACCAGGUGAAGUUCUUGAGGUGCUGGAGCUCAGCGACAGAAACGUUGCCCCUGAGGUUGAUUUGGAUGCCUCGGUCAAGGAGAGGUUGGUGGUCCACGCCGGUGGGGUGAUCCGGAUCAUCUGUUACGUGUCUGGUCAGCCAUCACCAGAAGUCACCUGGAGCAGGGAUGGAAUGGCUCUACCCCCUGAGGCCAAGGUGGAGACAACAGCCAUCAGCUCAUCUUUGGUCAUCAAAGGGUGUACCAGAAGGCAUCUCGGCAUCUACACGCUGACUGCGAAGAAUGCCGCAGGGGAGAAGACGAAGAACGUCACAGUGGAAGUGCUUGACGUUCCUGGGCCCGUAGGCAUCCCUAUGAUUGCAGAGAACUUGAGCAAUGAUUCCUGCAAGAUCAACUGGUACUUCCCAGAGAACGACGGCGGUUCUCCCAUCAGUAAUUACGUGAUCGAGAAGCGUGAAGCCGAGAGAAAAGCCUGGACGUCGCUCUCGUUCACCGCCAGCAGACAGAAUGCCGUGGCUACCGGCCUUACCUCGGGCCAAGCGUAUUUCUUCAGAGUUGCCGCCGAGAACGCCAUUGGCAUCGGACCCUUCAUGGAGACGGCGGCCGAGCUCAUCGUCAAGGAACCAUUGAGUGUGCCUGACCGACCCGAGGAGCUCGAGGUGACCAAGGUCACCAAAGAUUUGAUCAGUGUCACAUGGAGAGCGCCUAAGUUUGACGGUGGCUCCGAGAUCGUCAUGUAUGUCUUGGAGGCUCGUUUGAUUGGGAAAGAAAAGUUCACUCGAUUGACCAAGGAAAAGCUGAUGGAAAGGAAGUACACUUUUGACGGACUGAAGGAGGGCGACACCUAUGAGUUCCGAGUUAGCGCUGUCAAUGAAGUCGGGCAGGGUAAACCCUCAUUUUGCUCCAAACCAGUCACUUGCAGGAAUGAACUCGAGCCACCGACUAUCGAGUUGGACUUCCGCGACAAACUCAUCGUCCGUGUCGGCGAGAGCUUCCUGCUGCAGGGUCGCUACACCGGCAAGCCUUCUCCAUCCAUCGUGUGGUACCGAGACGACGAAGAGCUGAAGGCCGACAAGCACGUCAUGUUCAAGAAUACGCUGACCACAAUGUCGCUGGGUGUGAUGAAGGCACAGCGCCACCACAGCGGUCGAUACGUGGUGGCGGUGGAGAACAGCACCGGGUCCAGAAAGGGAGUCUGCAACGUCACAGUUGUCGACCGUCCAUCGCCUCCCGUGGGUCCAGUUGUCUUUGAGGAGGUGCACCGUGACUACAUGGUAAUCUCUUGGAAACCUCCUCUGGACAGCGGCGGCGUAGAGAUUUCCAACUACAUCAUUGAGAAAAGGGACGCAAACAGAGAAAUGUGGACCACUGUCACGUCAGCAAACACCAAGACCACAUGCAAGAUCCCCAAACUGACAGAGGGAAGAGAGUACAUCCUGAGAAUCUGUGCUGAGAACAUGUAUGGUAUCAGCGACCCACUGGACUCUGAGGAGAUGAGAGCAAAAGACCUCUUCAGAGUUCCAGAGGCCCCUGAGAUUCCGACCGUCAGGGAGGUGUACGCUACCAACGCACUGGUGCUCUGGAACCGGCCCCGUGAUGGAGGAAAGCCCAUCACCAACUAUAUACUGGAGAAGAAGGAGCCCACUGCCAAGAGGUGGUCAAGAGCAACAAGAGAACCCUUGUACCCUGCUACUCAGUAUCGAGUCCAGGACCUGGUGGAGGGCUGUGAAUAUGAAUUCCGUGUGAUGGCUGAAAAUGAGCUAGGAACCGGAGACCCGAGUGAACCCUCAAAGCCCAUUCUUGCCAAAGAUCCCAUCGUGCGCCCUAGUCCUCCAGUGACCCCCGAGGCCUACGACAAGACAAAAGAAUCUGUGAGUCUCAAAUGGCAGAAGCCGCGCCAUGACGGAAAAGGACGGAUAUUUGGCUACCUGGUCGAGUACCAGAAGCCAGGUUCCAUUGAGUGGAUUCAGGCUAAUGAACAUCCAGAGCAGUGCCCUGACCUGCACUAUGUAGUCACAGGGCUGAGUGAUGGCCAAGAGUACGCCUUCCGGAUCUACACUGUCAAUGCCGCCGGCAAAUCUGACCCAGCCUAUGUCAAACAGACUGUCAAGGUUCAUGACAGACUGGAGGCACCAGAGUUGCUGCUGGAUGCUAACAUGGUGCGUGACCAUCUGGCCAUGCUGGGCACAGACAUCACCUUGAGUGCGGCGAUCAAGGGUGUGCCCACGCCCACUGUUACCUGGAAGAAAAACGAUGGCCAAAUGCCAGCUCAUAUCACUGUCGCUGUCACGUCCGCCGGUAGCAAAAUCUUCAUCCCCAAGUGCGUCCGUCCCGACUCCGGCAACUACUCUCUCACGGCGGAAAAUGCUGCCGGAAAGAAAACGGCCAUGGUUGCUGUUCUGGUUCUGAACAAACCAUCACCGCCGAGAGACCUGGCGGUCUCCGAGGUGACCAGCGAGUCCGCUUACUUGACGUGGAAAGCUCCAGAGGACAACGGCGGUGCUGUUGUCGCCCAUUACGUCGUGGAAAAGAAGGAUGUCGCCGCUGAGCAGUGGGUCCCGGUCUCCGCGGCCAACAAGAAGCGGAGUUUGAUGGCCAUGUAUCUGAUGGAAGGAAUCCAGUACCUGUUCAGAGUGGCAGCCGAAAACCAGUUUGGCAGGAGUGAUUAUGUGAUCACAAAAACUCCCAUCAAGGCUGUCGAUCCACUCUAUCCACCUGGCCCCCCAAAGUACCUACACCACACUGAUGCAGACAAGACAGAGGUGUGGUUAGAGUGGGAGUGGCCCGAUCGCACCGGGGGAAGUGAAAUCACAGGCUUCAUCGUUGAGUACCAGGAAGAGACUCAGCCAGAUUGGGUUUCCUAUAAGACCGUCAGCAGUAACCAUGCGCAUGUCAGCGGUCUCGGGGAAGGCAAGACCUACCGCUUCCGGGUCAUGGCUCAGAACGCUAUUGGCGUGAGUCGUCCUGACACCAGUGUUCCCGUCACCUGUCAGGAAAAGACACUACCCCCCGCCAUUGAAGUCGAUGUGAAGCUUAUCGAGGGUAUUGUUGUGAAGGUAGGCAGCACUAUUGUACUGCCUGCCAAGAUGAAGGGGAUCCCCAUCCCCACUGCCAAGUGGAUGACAGAUGGCAAGGAAAUUACAUCAGAAGGUCACUAUAAGAUAGAAUCCACUGGAUCCGCCUCCACUCUCACCAUACCAGAAUGCAAGAGAGGAGACACGGGCGAGUACAUCCUCACUGUGUCCAACCCUGCAGGCAGCAAGACUGUCGCUCUGCACGUCACUGUGCUUGAUCUUCCAGGGGCACCCGUCGGACCAAUCAACAUCUUAGAAGUAACCCCUGAUCAUAUGAUGAUACAAUGGAGGCCACCCAAGGAUGACGGUGGUACCCCCAUCACCAACUAUGUGGUUGAAAAGAAGGAUGUGAAGAAAUCUUGGGAGCCUUGGUCGGUUGUAAGUUCGAGCGGUAUCGGUACCAAAGCUAAGGUGUCACGCCUGGAGAAGGGUCGUGAGUACGUGGUUCGUAUCCGUGCCGAGAACAAGAUCGGAAUUGGUGCCGGACUUGAGAGUCCCCCGACCAUUGCCAAGCACAUGUUCAACCCUCCCGGUCCACCGGGCCUCCCGGUGUGCUCUGAUAUCACAGAGAAUGCUGUGACAGUGGAAUGGUCCCUGCCUGACCACGACGGGGGUAGUCCUAUCAGUGGCUACGUGAUUGAACGCCGAGAGAUGACAGGGAAGUGGAUUCGUGUCAAUAAAACUCCCGUGCUGGAUCUCAGAUACAGGGUUUCGGGCCUACUUGAAGGCAACAGCUAUGAGUUCAGAGUAUUUGCUGAAAACAUUGCCGGUGUCAGUGAGCCAUCGCUCACCUCUGAUCCCAUCAAGGCGACCCGGCCCAUCACCAAGCCGGGACCUCCUGGAAAUCCUAAACUAAAGGACUGGAGCAAGUUGUAUGCGGAUAUCUGCUGGACCAAACCCACAAGAGAUGGUGGCAGCCCUAUCCUGGGCUAUGUUGUAGAGAUUCAAAAGUCAGGAUCUGCUCAGUGGGACAGGGUUAACAAGGAACUCGUCAAGAUGUGUGCCUACAGAGUACCAGGUUUCAUUGAAGGUAUGGAGUACAGGGUCCGAAUCAGAGCCACAAACAAGGUCGGAGAGAGCGAACCCCGGGAACUGAGCGAGACCAUCUUGGCGAAGGACAUUCUCGUUCCUCCAGAGGUUGUCGUUGACGUAUCGUGCCGUGACUCUCUGACUGUAAGGGCAGGACAGAUCAUCAGUUUGAUGGCCAGAGUUAAGGGCAGACCUGACCCAGAGAUCGCCUGGACCAAGGACGCCAGAGCCUUGUCUCGAGACAAACGCACGAUGCUGAACAACAACUAUCCUCUGUGUGAAUUGGUCAUUAAUGAUGCCGUCAGGUCCGACUAUGGCAAAUACGCCAUUGUUGCCAAAAACAGCAGCGGACAGGCACAAGCCACCAUUAUUGUCAAUGUCCUGGACACACCUGGAGCUUGCCAAAAUAUAAAGGUGGCUUAUGUGACCAAGAACUCUUGCAUGGUGUCUUGGGAGAAUCCAGAGGACAAUGGAGGCACAGAGAUCACCCAGUACAUAAUUGAGAGCCGACAACCGAGCCAGAGGGGGUGGACGGUAAUUUCCAAUGACUGUACAAAGCGUCUGAUGAAGGCCCCUCUCUCGGAGAGCUGCGAGUACUUUUUCCGCGUUAGUGCCGAAAACAAGAUCGGUGUUGGACCACCCACAGAGACCAAGACGGCCGUUUUGGCGAUCGACCCCAUUGAGAAACCUGGUGAACCGAUCGACUUCCAUAUAGCGGAGAUUGGCAAGACCUUCUGCUUCCUCAAAUGGAAGAAGCCCGACUACGACGGCGGUAGUCGUAACCUGGGUUACCACGUGGAGAAGAAGCCAAAGGAGGCUGAAGAGUGGGAGAGACUUCAUAAAGGUGCAAUUAAAGAGACUCACUUUAUGGCUGACAGGUGCAUUGAAAACCAGGUCUACCAGUUCAGAGUUCAGACGAAAAAUGACGGCGGUGAAAGCAAAUGGGUGACCACAGCAGAAGUCGUCAUCAAGGAGCAGCUUGUAGAGCCAGAGAUCAAAAUCAAACUCGAUGGAAACCUUGUGGUAAAGGCAGGGGACUCAAUUCCCAUCGAGGCAAUGGUCAAAGGCAAACCCCAACCUGAUGUCAAAUGGACCAAGGAUGAUGGCACCGGGGAGCUCAAAAAGGGCUCCAGGCUUCAGAUCGAAACCGGUGUUGACUUCUCAAAGCUGCUUCUGACUACAGCUCGGCGUACAGACAGUGGCAAAUAUGUCGUCACUGCAGCCAACAGGGCAGGAACAUGCUCCGCGCAUGCCAAGGUCAAUGUAUUGGACAGACCCGGCCCGGUCAGUGACCUUAAGGUGUCGGGCGUUACCACUGACAGGUGCCGUUUGGCAUGGAACAUUCCAGAGGACGACGGAGGCUGCGAGAUCUAUAACUACAUCAUAGAGAAAUGUGACACCAAGAGGGGUGUCUGGUCCGUUCAUUCAAAUGCCGUCAUCACCAACAAGGCCAACGUGACUCGUCUCGUUGAGGGAAAUGAAUAUAUCUUUAGAGUUCGUGCAGAGAAUAAAAUGGGUCCUGGCCCUGCUGUGGAGAGCGAGGCCAUUGUCGCCGGCACCAAGUUUAGUGUUCCAGGAGCACCUGAGGCACCGGAGGUCACCAGAAUUUCCAAGGAGGAGAUGACAGUGCAGUGGUCAGAGCCUGACACAGAUGGAGGGAAGCCAGUCACUGGUUACAUGUUGGAAAAGAAGGAGGAGCAUGCUGUAAGGUGGUCCACCAUUAACAAGGAGGCAAUGCCAACAACGUGCUUCACCGUAACAGGAUUGCUGCCCCUGCACGAAUACCAAUACAGAGUGAAAGCUGUCAAUGAAAUUGGAGUCGGCAGUGCAAGCAAACCCUCGCGUGCCGUUUUGGCAAAGGACGCAAUCGAGCCUCCUGCACCACCCACCAACUUGAAGGUCUUGGACAGCACCAAGUCCACUGUAACUCUAGGCUGGACCAAGCCUGCGUCCGAUGGUGGAGCGCCUAUCAUUGGCUACGUUGUUGAGAUGAGGGUGAAGGGAAGUCCCAAGAAAGGAGACGACAGUUGGAAACGCUGCAAUGUGGCUGCUCAGCUUGUCUUUUGUGAGUUCACAGUCACGAGUCUUGACGAGAAACUUCUGUAUGACUUCAGAGUGUCAGCUCAGAACCAGGUGGGCAUGAGUCUGCCCUGUGACCUGGGAACAUCUGUGAAUCCCAAGGAGAUACUUGAGGCACCAGAAAUCGACUUAGAUGCCAACUUAAGACAGGGACUAACAGUGAGAGCUGGGUGUCCCAUCAGACUGUGCGCGACCAUCAGAGGAAGACCUCCUCCCAAAGUCACUUGGAGGCGGAUGGGCAUUGAUAAUGUAGUCAGGAAGGGUCACGUCGACAUCAUCGACACGAUGACCUUCCUGGUCAUUCCGGAUAGCACGCGGGAUGACUCUGGCAAAUACUGUUUGACUGUGCAGAGUCCCGCUGGAGAAAAAGCUGUGUUCGUCAGCGUCAAGGUCCUCGACACCCCAGGACCUGUGAUGAAUCUGGAGGGCUCUGACAUCAGACAGACAUCAGCAAUGCUGUCGUGGAACCCUCCAGAGGUCGACGGCGGCAGUGAGAUUACUCACUAUAUCGUCGAGAAGCGUGAAAUUGAUCGCAAGACGUGGGCGACAGUCAAGGCCGAAGUGGAGAAAGACAAGGUUCCCUUCAAGGUCAGCGGUCUCGUGCCAGGCACAGAGUACUACUUCAGAGUGACUGCUGUCAACGAAUAUGGUUCAGGAGUUCCCCGGGUGUCACCCACUUCCUACUUAGCCUCGGAUCCUGUCAACAAACCUGAUCCGUGUGAGAAGAUUGAAAUUCUUGAGAUCACAAAGAACAGUGCCACAAUUGGCUGGGUGAAGCCUGCAAGGGAUGGCGGGGCAAAGAUUGAUGGUUACGUGAUUGAGUAUAUCGAAGUCAAACCUCCUCCACAACCCCCAGCACCAGUGGAGACCCCAGAACAAGGGACAGCUCCGCCUCCAGUAAUGAAAGUGGAGGCCAAGGAGCCUGAGAAAGAGGUGUGGAAUGCCUAUACCACUGUGAAGGGACUGAGCAUCAGCAUCAGUGGUCUGAAAGAGGGCAAGAGGUACAAGUUCAGAGUGGCCGCCAAGAACAUCAUGGGUUUGAGCUUGUUCACAGAGACCAGGGAGCCAACUGAGAUCAAGGAACAAAUGUUGGAGCCAAAGAUCGUCAUGCCAGACAUUGUCAGUGAAAGAGCUGGAGCCAAACUCCGAGUUGAAGCUGUCAUUUCUGGAAAACCUUCUCCAACCUGCAAGUGGAUUUGUGGCGACGUACCACUGGUCUCCUCAAGCCGUCUGGCCAUGCACCAUUCUGGCAAUUUGUGUGUCUUGAUUAUAAAGGAUGUCUCAAGGACAGACAGCGGAGACUACAGUCUUGUGGCUGAAAAUAGCUCUGCAAAGACGGUCCAGUCUCUCAAGAUUAUCAUCAGAGAUAUUCCUGGACCUCCUGCGGGUCCCGUGGAGAUCAGUGACAUUGACUCGGAUGCCUGCUCUCUGUCUUGGAGCCAACCGCUGGAGGACGGCGGCAGCAAAAUCACAAAUUACGUGGUGGAGAAAUGCGAUGUCAGUCGAGGUGACUGGGUUAACGCUGUGUCCUCCGGCCAGAAGACAAGCUGUAGGCUGGGCAAACUCGUUCCCGGGAAAGUGUACAUGUUCCGCAUCCGGGCUGAGAACCGCUACGGCGUGUCGGACCCUAUCCAAUCUGAUAGGAUGAUUGCCAAGUUUCCCUUUGAUGUUCCCAGUGAACCUCUUAAGUGUCACAUAAACAAGACUAACAAGGACUGCAUGUUUGUGGCCUGGGAUAAGCCCGAGAGUGACGGUGGCAGCCCCAUCACAGGUUACUACAUUGAGCGUAAAGAAAGAAACAGCCUUCUCUGGGUGAAGGCCAACGACACUGUCGUACGCACCACCGAGUACCCCUGUGCCGGCCUGAUUGAGGGCCUCGAGUAUACCUUUAGGGUGUCAGCCAUCAAUCGUGCUGGUCAGGGCAAGCCAAGCACAAAGACUGAUUUUGUAACUGCCAGAACACCCAUUGAUACCCCUGGGAAACCAGAAGUUGUGGACAUGACCAAGAACUCGGUAACGCUCGUUUGGGGCCGGCCCAAGAACGACGGUGGCAGCAAGAUCAUCGGCUACUAUGUCGAGGCCAUGCGUGUACCUGGAGACGCAUGGGUGCGUUGCAACACUGUUUGCCAGAAUGUCCCCAGGGAGGAGUACACUGCGACUGGCCUGGAGCGAGACCUACAGUACCAGUUCAGAGUCAUUGCCAAAACAGCCGUCAACAUUAGCAAACCCUCAGAGCCCACAGACCCAAUACUGGUCUGUGCUGAGAACGUGCCUCCGAGGGUAGAACUUAAUCCCAGGAUGCAGAAAGGCUUGAAGGUGAAGGUCGGAGCCUCGGUUCUCCUUGAGGCUGAGGUGUUUGGUAAACCGAUGCCCAAAGUCACAUGGAAGAGAGGCGAUGAUAGUCUGAGGUCAAGUCAAGGGCAAGUCAUCACCCAACAGAGACAUCACUUCCAAAUGGAGAUGCUCUCAGUCACCAGGGAGGACACUGGGGUCUACACCAUUCUUGCAGAGAAUGCCAGUGGCUCCAAGACCGCUGACAUCCAUGUUACCGUUUUGGAUGUGCCUGGUCCACCCGCCAGUUCCAAAUACGUUGAAGUGUUUGCUAAUAGCAUAAAAUUGUCCUGGGAGCCGCCGCUGAAGGAUGGUGGAGCCCCGGUUACCAAUUAUAUUUUGGACAAGCGUGAGACCAGCCGGGCAACUUGGGCUCUGGUCACCUCAAAGAUUAAGGGUGAAGAUCUUGAACUAAAUGUGCAGAGGCUGAUCGAGGGUCAUGAAUACCAGUUCCGAAUCCGUGCUGACAACACGUGGGGAGUUGGAGACAGUCUCAUCACUGCCCCUAUCAUUGCCAAGAACCCAUUCACUGUUCCUGGACAGUGUGAGGCCCCAGUGAUUACCAACGUCACCAAGGAUGCAAUGACAGUGAGCUGGAAGGAGCCAACCGAUGACGGAAAGUCCGCCAUUCUGGGUUACAUGCUCGAGAAGAAGGAAACCAAGGAGAUGAACUGGAGCAAGAUGAACAGGAAACCCUUAAUGGAACGGACUUUUGAUGCCACAAGCCUUAGCGAGGGAGUGGAAUAUGAAUUCAGAGUCAUUGCUGUUAAUGUGGCAGGACUUGGAAAACCCAGUGAGCCCUCAGAUGCUGCUACUGCACAAAAUCCCAUCACUCCCCCGGGCCCUGUACUCGACCCACGUGUGAGUGACACCACCUACAGCACCCUAAGCCUCAGCUGGAAGGCUCCGGCCAACAAUGGUGGAAGUCCAAUCUUAGGAUAUCUGGUGGAGUGCAAGAGGACAGAUACGGCAGAUUGGAUCCGAUGCAAUGUUCCCAAGAACUUGCAGGACACCAACUACACCAUACAAAACCUUAUGCACAAGGCCGAGUACCAGUGUCGUGUCACCGCUGCCAAUAAGGUCGGCUUCGGUGAACCGGUCGAAGUGCCUGGCAAGCACAUCGCAAAGGACAUCAUAGUACCCCCGGAGGCGGAGCUGAGUGCUGAGUUGAAGGAGGGCCUGGAACUGCGAGCUGGCGCCACCAUGAAGCUUCAUGCCACAAUCAAGGGUCACCCCGUGCCCAAGGUCAUAUGGGCCAAGAUGAACACCAACAUCAAGGAUCGCCAAGGCAUUGUCAUCAAGUCCACAAAAAGUGACACCACUGUGGUGGUGGAGAAUGUCAACAGAUAUGAUGCAGGCAAAUACAUUCUCAACCUGGAGAGUGUGGCCGGUAUGAAGAUGUACACCGUCAUCGUCAAGGUGCUCGACACUCCUGGGCCACCAAUUAACCUGGUGGUAAAAGAGACCACAAAGGACAGUGCCUCUAUCUACUGGGAUGCUCCUCUUCUAGACGGGGGCUAUGAAGUCACCCACUAUAUCGUGGAAAAGCGAGACACUGAGAGGAAGGCCUGGUCUACGGUCUCCAACAAUUGUACCAAGACAUCUUUGAAGGUGUCUGACUUGAAUGCCGGACGGUACUACUAUUUCCGAGUGUCAGCUGUCAAUCUGCUCGGCGCCGGAGAGUGCUGCGAGACCCCCGACUCGCUCAGAGCAUCUGAGGAGCCUGGUCCUGUCAUGGACUUCAAGACCUUGCUGGUUACCAAGGACUCUUGUACACUCAGCUGGAGGAAACCUCUGACUGAUGGCGGCAGCCGCAUUAUCUGCUAUGUGCUCGGGGUUCUCAAUGGCGACGACAAGUACAAGGAGUUGAUGAGGUCAAAGAACAUGCAGUACAGCGCCAAGGAUCUGGUGGAGGGCAAAGAGUACAAGUACAGCGUCAAAGCUGUGAAUGACACUGGGGAGAGUGCCACCAAGGAGCUGACAGUAGUUGCCAAGGACCAACUCAUUCAUCCCACUUGCGACUUGAGGGAACUUCCCGACAUGUGUUACGUGGCCAAAGAGGGCAGCACAGUGCGUCUGAAGAUUCCAAUCAUGGGCAAACCAACGCCUAAGGUGUCAUGGAAGAAGGGGGAGGAUGAAGACUUGACAGACACGGGACGUGUUUGUGCAGAAUCUUCGAGCGUCAACACCACUCUCCUGAUAAGGGAUUGCCAGAGAAGCGACGCCUCAAAAUACACAAUCACCCUGAGGAAUAGCGCUGGCAGCAAAGAGUCUAGCAUUUUCAUCAGGGUGGUGGGAAAGCCUGGCAUCCCCGUAGGACCCAUCAAAUUCAAGGACAUAACUGCCGACGGCGCCACACUGAAGUGGGCAGCGCCAAAAGACGAUGGGGGCUCAGACAUCACAAAUUACAUUCUAGAGAAGAGGGACUCGGUCACCAAUAUGUGGGUGACUGUCUCUUCUCUGGUGGAAAAGAGCACCAUGAGGGUGACUGGUCUCCACGAGGGCACGGAAUAUAUUUUCAGAGUGUGUGCUGAGAACAAGUAUGGCGUUGGAGAGGGGCUUAAGUCGGAACCUGUGAUUGCAAAACAUCCAUUCAACGUUCCCGACGCUCCUCCUCCACCUCAGGUCAUGAGUAUGCGCCAUGACUCUGCUUAUCUUGCCUGGUCAGACCCCAGGAAGACUGGAGGAUCUCCCAUCACAGGGUAUCACGCCGAGUUCAAGGAAAGGAAUAGUAUGUUGUGGAAGAGGGCAAGCUCGACGGCCUUGAGAAUGAAGGAGCACAAGGUGACCGGGCUGACUGAAGGCCUCGAGUACGAGUUCAGGGUAAUGGCCAUUAACUUGGCUGGCAUUGGCAGACCGAGUCCUCCCACUGAUCCACGAGUUGCCCUUGAUCCAAUUGAUGCUCCAGGCAAACCAGACGUAAUAAGCGUCACCAGGAGCACCGUGACUCUUCAGUGGGCUGAGCCACAGUUUGACGGGGGCCAUAGGCUGACUGGUUACAUUGUGGAGAUACGUGAUCUCCCCUCUAAGAUCUGGGUGAAGGCCAACAGCGUGAACGUUGCAGAGCCCGCAUACACGGUCACUGAUCUCCAGGAGGGCUGCAAAUAUGAGUUCAGAAUACGAGCAAAGAACGCAGCCGGUGCCCUGAGUCCGCCGUCCGACCAGACGGACACUAUUAUCUGCGUGGAUGAAUACGCUUCACCAACCAUUACCAUCGAUGCUCAGGUGAUGGAGGCCGGUGUGACCGUCAGAGCUGGGGAAACCAUCGUGGUCAACGCCACGAGUAUUCUCGGCAAGCCCGCUCCGACCUCUUGCUGGUCGAAAGGAGGAAAGUACAUGAAGCCCUCAGACAUAGUCAAUAUUGAGACCACCGCAUCCUCCUCCACCCUGUCAAUAAAAUACGCCACAAGGAAGGACUCCGGGGACUACAUCAUCACUGCAAGCAAUCCCUUUGGCGUGAAGGAGGAAACGGUUAAGGUUAAGGUUCUGGAUGUUCCAGCUGCUCCCGGUCCCAUCGAAUGCAGCGGUGUCUCAUCCGAGAAGGUCAUCUUGACGUGGACAGCGUCUCCAGAAGACGGAGGGUCUCCUAUCAAGUACUACACACUAGAGAAGAGGGAAACCAGUCGCCUUCUCUGGACAAUUCUGGAAGAGAAGGUCGUCGACUGUCAUUAUGUGGCCACCAAACUCAUCCAGGACAAUGAGUAUAUCUUUAGAGUUUCUGCUGUGAACCAGUACGGCAGCAGUGAGCCAGCUCACUCUCAGCCUGUCAAGAUGGUCGAUAGAUUUGGUCCUCCUGGUCCACCAUCAAAACCAGAAGUUGACAAAGUGGAUGGGCACUCAGCGACAGUGACGUGGAGAAGACCCACUGAAGACGGUGGGAGCGAUAUCAUCGGCUACUGUGUCGAGAAGAAGGAGAAAAGGGCCAUGAGGUGGAUCAGGGCCUCUAAAAAAUCUGUCGUCGAGCUCAGCUAUGAGGUCACUGGACUGACCGAAGGCUUACAGUACGAGUUCCGUGUUGUUGCUGAGAACAAAGCUGGCUUUGGAGAGCCAAGUGAACCAUCAAUGCCAGUCACAACAGUCAUUGCUACCUAUGUCCCUGGACCGCCAGUAAAUCCAAGGGCUACAGACACUACCAAGACCACUGCCACUCUCAACUGGGGGAAACCCCUGGAUAACGGCGGUCUCAACGUCACUGGCUAUGUAAUCGAGCACAGAAAGGAAGGAACAGAGGAGUGGGUUAAGGACACGCCAUCGUCUACGCUGAAAAUCACCGAAUUUGUUGUUCCUGGGCUUGAAAACGCAAGCAAGUACCACUUCAGAAUUAGUGCAGUAAAUGCUAAGGGCACAGGUGAACCCGCAGAAACUCAGGAACUGGUUGAGGUAGUGGAGCGUGCAGCUGAACCUGAUUUGGAAUUGGACAUGGAACUAAGGAGAACUCUUGUUGUCAGGGCUGGUUGCUCCAUUCGCCUCUUUGUGCCCAUCAAAGGGCGCCCUACACCGACAGUCACCUGGACCAAGGAGGGCAGUCCUGUGCCACGUGCUGUCAUUGACAGUACUGAGUCAUUUACAAUGCUGGUCAUUCCAGAAAGUGCAAGGAAUGAUGGCGGUAAGUAUGAGCUUACCCUCGAAAAUGCCGCUGGAAAAAAGACAGCAAAUAUUCAUGUGAGAGUUCUGGAUUCACCUGGGCCUCCUCUCAACCUGAAACCAGUCCAAAUCGAUAAAGAAUCAAUUGUCCUUUGGUGGGAGAUGCCUCUCAUUGAUGGUGGCGCCAAGAUCACAAACUACAUUGUUGAGAAGAGGGAAUCAACUCGUAAGGCUUUUGCCACUGUUGUCACGACCUGUCCGACGACUUCAGUCAAAAUUAGUGAUCUGUGCGAAGGCUGCGAGUACUACUUCAGAGUGUCUGCCGAGAACGAGUUUGGUGUCGGCGAAGCGGUCGAAACGCCCGACCCCCUCCGUGCCUCCCAGGCCCCAAGUGCUCCGGAAAGCGUAAUUCCAACUGACGUCACCAAGAACUCUGUGAGUCUGGCUUGGACCAGACCCAAGCACGACGGUGGAAGCAGGCUGACCGGAUAUGUCCUCGAAGCCCAGAAGAGAGGAACUGAUCAAUGGGCCCACGUAACAAGCCUCAAGAACAUGGACUUCACUGUGAGGAAUCUCAAUGAGAAUGAAGAGUACACCUUCCGCGUGAUGGCAGUCAACCAAUCGGGAAGAAGUGCCCCACGGGAGAGCAAGCCUAUUGUUGUCAAGGAGUCGACCUCCCUGCCAGAGUUUGAUCUGCGCAGUGUAUGUCAGUCAACCGUAAUCGCAAAAGCUGGAGACGACAUCAAGGUUGAAAUUCCCACAAUGGGCCGUCCCCGGCCAGUGGUCACUUGGCAGAAGGACGGCGCCGCCUUGAAGCUCACCCAGAGGACUAACGUGGAGACGACUGCUGCGACUGUCAUCCUCGCCAUCAAUGAAUGCACCCGGGCAGACAGCGGAGUGUAUACCAUGACAGGAAAGAACAUAGUUGGCACUGUGGUGGAAAACAUCUUUGUCAAAGUCCACGAUGUUCCGGGGCCACCCAAAGGGCCAAUUACAAUCAACGAAAUUUCUCGUAACUACUGCAUCUUUGCAUGGGACGCUCCAGAGAAUGACGGGGGUGUUCCAAUUACUAAUUACGUGGUUGAGAUCAGAGACACCACCACGCAGACUUGGACAGAACUAACUUCCACUGCUAUUCGUACCAUGUUUAAAGCCAACCGUUUGACGACUGGCUCAGAGUACCAGUUCAGGGUUAAGGCGAAGAAUCGGUAUGGCGUAGGACCUCCCAUAACCUCAGAAUCAGUAGUGGCUGCCUAUCCAUUCAAAGUUCCCGGACCACCGGGCACACCCCAUGUAGUGGCGUUCACCAAAGACUCCAUAACAAUUGGCUGGAAUGAACCCGUUUCUGAUGGUGGCAAUGAAGUCAUCGGGUACCACGUUGAGAGGAAAGAACGAAGCAGCAUUAUGUGGCAAAAAAUCAGCAAAGGUCUGGUGAAAGGAAACGUACUGAAAUCGACAGGCCUUGACGACGGAGCCGCCUAUGAGUUCCGCGUUAUGGCAGAGAACAUGGCUGGAAUCGGCAAGCCCAGCAAAGCUUCCGAAGCAAUAAUGGCCUUGGACCCUGUGGAUCCCCCAGGUCAGCCUAUCCCUGUUUUUAUUUCCAAAAAUGUCAUCACCAUCAAGUGGUCAAAGCCCAACUAUGACGGCGGAUUCAAAAUUACUGGCUACACAGUGGAGAAGAGAGAACUCCCCGCCGGUCGCUGGGUCAGAGCAAACUUCACGAACAUCAUUGAGACAGCAUUCACCGUCAGUGGAUUGACACAAGAUGCAUCUUAUGAGUUCCGUGUCAUGGCCAGAAACUCAGCGGGAGCUGUGAGUGCACCGUCUGAGCCCUCGGACCCUAUUACAUGCAAGGACAGCAUCGUUGAGCCACGCAUCAUGGUGGACGCCAUCUUUAAGGAUGUGCUUCUGCUGAAGGCAGGAGAGUCCUUCAAGCUUGAAGCAGACAUUGCAGGCCAACCAACCCCAUCCAUGGUUUGGACCAAGAAUGAGAAAGAGGUUGAGAACACACUGAAACUGGACGUGAAGUUCAAUGAACUGACAACUAUACUGAGCAACAAAGAUUCCGUCAGAUUGGACGGAGGCGAAUUUGUUCUGACUGCCACAAAUGUAGGUGGAUUUUGCAAGCACAUCUUUAGAGUGAAAGUACUGGACAGACCCGGCCCACCAGUCGGACCUCUUCGGUUAUCAAAUGUCACGGCUGACAAUUGCUUCCUAACGUGGGCCCCGCCUCUCGAUGACGGCGGUGCAAAGAUUGAAGGAUACGUCAUUGAGAAGCGGGAAUCUAGCAGACUUGUCUGGACCAAUGUUUCUUCAGACAUCCAGGUUACGGAAUGCAAGGUGACAAAGCUUCUAAAAGGAAACGAGUACAUCUUCAGAGUUAUGGCGGUGAACAAAUACGGCAACGGCGAACCUCUCGAUUCUGAGCCCAUUAUUGCCGACAACCCAUACACGGUUCCGGAUGUGCCUCAGAAUCCCCAGGUCACCGCUGUCACCAAAGAUUCAAUGGUCAUUAUGUGGCAGGUGCCAAAGAGUGAUGGUGGGACACCAAUCACAAAUUACAUCGUUGAGAGGAAAGACCGGGCAGGCCUCCGCUGGGUCAAGUGCAACAAGAAGAAGGUCAAAGAUCUGCAAUUCAAGGCAACAGGUCUUAUUGUUGGACACGAAUAUGAAUUUAGGAUUAUUGCAGAGAAUGCUGCUGGCCUCAGUGCCCCAAGCCUCUCCAGUCCAUUCUACAAGGCCAGUGACGCAUUGUACAAACCUGGGCCUCCGUGCAACCCCAGGAUCCUGGACACGACCAGGUCAUCUGUUACUGUGGCCUGGAACAAACCAGCCUAUGAUGGUGGCUCUGACAUCACCGGUUACAUUGUUGAAGACUGCAUCACAUCUGACAAGGAGGAGGAAGAGGAGGAGUGGACAAUUGUGACACCCAAGGAAGGACUACUUGCAACCUCCUUCACCAUUGUCAACCUAACUGAGGGUCGGGAGUAUAAAAUCAAAAUCUCUGCUGUAAAUGGGGAGGGAAUUGGGGAACCUACAUUCCUACCUGGCAACGCCAAGGCUGAGGACAGACUCCUGCCCCCAGACCUCGAUUUGGACGCAGAACUUUGCAAGGUGGUCACCCUCCGAGCUUGCUGCACACUUAGACUGUUUGUUCCGAUCAGAGGCAGACCCCCUCCCCAGGCUAAUUGGACCAAAGAGGAUGGCCAACGCAUCGAGAGAGCCACUAUUGACACCACGGUGUCCUACACAUCCCUUGUCAUUGGAAAUGUCAAUAGAUUUGACACUGGAAAGUAUCACCUCACAGUUGAGAACAGCUGCGGUUCCAAGACAGUCACGGUCCAGGUCAGGGUGCUCGACACGCCAAGUGCGCCACAGAAUCUAAAGAUUGACGCUGUAACGAAACAGUCUGUCACUCUCACUUGGGAUCCGCCAUCAAACGAUGGUGGAGCUAAGGUUAAGAACUACAUUGUUGAAAAGCGCGAGUCCACAAGAAAGGCUUACGCCACGGUCAGCACCAUGUGCCAUCACGCCACCUUUACUGUCGAGCCGCUCCUCGAAGGAUGCAACUAUUACUUCAGAGUUUUGGCAGAGAACGAAUAUGGCAUCGGCCUGCCAGUUGAGACUGGCGAGUCCGUUAAAGUGUCUGAGAAGCCCCAACCCCCUGGUAAAAUCAGUCUGAAAGAUGUUACUAAGAAUAGUGUCACACUGUCGUGGGAAAAGCCAGAGCACGACGGCGGAAGCAGAGUCGGGUGCUAUGUUGUAGAGGUCCAACCCAAAGGCGUAGAUAAAUGGACACAGGCGGUGAUUGUGAAAGAAACGGAAGCUUGCGUCGGCGGCCUCAUUGCAGGUGAAGAAUACAUGUUCCGUGUGGCCGCGAGAAACGAGAAAGGAACAAGUGACCCUCGUCAAAUUGGCGUCCCUGUCAUUGUGAAAGAUCUCGUCAUUUCACCCGUCGUCAAAAUGUUGUUCAACACGUUCAGCGUGUUGGCAGGUGAGGAUCUGACAGUCGAGGUUCCGUACGUCGCCCGUCCCAAAGCGGCCGUCUCCUGGCUCAAAGACGGCCAGCCUCUUAAGAGAACAACCAGAGUCAACUUUGGUGCAACAGAAGCAAUGUUAAACCUAAGCAUAAAAGAGGCUUCCAAAGAUGACUUUGGACAUUAUCACGUUACCGUUGGCAACACAGCGGGGGAGGCAACGGCAGACAUCGGCAUUGUCGUACUGGACAAACCUGGUCAGCCCGGUGGUCCAGUUAAGGUUGAGGAGGUCACCUCUGACAGUGUGACUCUUUGCUGGAACCCGCCAGAGUAUGACGGCGGUUGCACAAUCAAAAAUUACAUUGUGGAAAAGAGAGACACGUCCACAACUAACUGGACGAUGGUGUCACCAAAGCUCGCAAGGACCAAAGUUAAAGCAGCCCGACUGAAAACUGGCGCCGAAUAUCAAUUUAGAAUCACAGCGGAAAACCGAUACGGGAAAGGUCCGGCGCUCUUGUCAGAGUCUCUUGUCGCCCAAUAUCCGUACAAGCUCCCAGGACCACCGGCGACACCCUCCAUUGCAAUGUGCACAAAGGACAGCAUGACUGUGACAUGGAAUGAGCCUGUAAAUGACGGAGGUAGCGCUAUCUUGGGCUACCAUCUGGAGCGCAAGGAAAGGACCAGCAUCCUCUGGGUCAAACUGAACAAGUCACUUAUUACAGACCAGUCGUUCAAGACCACAGGCUUGGAACCAGGAAUGGAAUACGAGUACAGAGUUUAUGCUGAAAACAUUGUGGGCAUUGGCAAAGUCAGCAAAGUGUCAGAAGGUCACGUCGCCAGAGAUCCUUGUGACCCUCCAGGUACACCUGAGGCAACCAGGAUUACCAGGGAUUCGGUUCACAUCACAUGGACCAAGCCAGCGUAUGACGGCGGCGCCAAGAUCACAGGCUACACGGUGGAAAAAAAAGAGCUUCCCGAAGGCCGCUGGUCGAAGGCAAACUUCACGAAUGUCAUCGAGACGGAAUAUGUUGCAACUGGACUGGUGCAGGAUAACCAGUAUGAGUUCCGCGUUAUUGCAAGAAAUGCAUCUGGUGUUUUCAGUCUCCCCUCUUACAGCACUGGGCCCAUCACUGCAAGGGAUGAGAUUGAGCCCCCUCGUAUCAGCAUUGAUCUCGAGUACGCGCAGACGAUCGCGGUCAAAGCAGGAGACCAUUUUAAGAUUGACGCAGACGUCCACGGCAAACCAGCGCCCUCUAUCACUUGGCUGAAAGGAGAGCAGGAAAUUGGAAGCACAAUACACAGAGAGGUUAAGAACACAGCAACCCACGCCUGUGUCACUGUCAAGGAAGCAAAACUCUCCGACGGAGGUGCCUAUACUCUGCUGUUGAAAAAUCCAGGAGGUGAAAAGUCUGUACAGGUGAAUGUGGUCAUUUUGGAUAAACCUGGAGAACCACAGGGACCUCUUACUGUAACAGAUAUAACAAAAGACCAAUGUUGUCUUUCAUGGAAAGCACCAAUACAAGACGGCGGUAGCAAAAUAUCGCACUACGUCGUCGAGAGGAGAGAAACAAGUAGACUCGUCUGGACUGUCGUGGAUCCAAAAGUGCCGAACACCUGCCACAAGGUUACAAAACUUCUGGAAGGGAAUGAAUACAUCUUCAGAGUCCAUGCUGUAAACGAGUAUGGUAGUGGUGUUCCGCUUGUAUCUGAGCCGGUGAUGAUUGCAGAUCCUUACACAGUCCCUGGUUCACCCAAAGGCUUAGAGGUUGCAGAAGUGAAAAAGGAUUCAAUGGUGCUCACAUGGGAGGCUCCCAGUGAGAAUGGAGGCAGUCCUAUCACCACAUAUAUCAUUGAAAAGCAUGAUAAAGAAGGUGUACGGUGGACUCGAUGCAACAGGCAAGCUGUGUUGGAUUUGACAUUCAAGGCCACGGGUCUUCUGGAAAGCCACAGUUAUGAAUUCAGGGUUGCAGCAGAGAAUUCUGUGGGCAUCGGUGAACCUACGUCGCCAACGGUAUUCUACAAAGCCCUCGAUCCGGUCUUCAGGCCUGGCCCGCCACAGAACCCCAGAGUUACAGACACAACGAGAUCAUCGAUAUUCCUGUCGUGGAACAAACCUAUCUGUGACGGUGGCUCGGAGAUACAGGGAUACAUCAUUGAGUACUGCAUUGCCACAGAGCGAGUCGCAGGUGGUGAGGCUCAGACUGAAGCCCCAGCUGCAGAGGUGCCUGCGGAAGUUUGGAUCAUGUGCACGCCGCCAACAGGUGUCAAGAAGACCAAAUUUGAGGUUGUAAACCUGAAAGAAAAUCAGGCUUAUAAAUUUAGAGUGUGUGCGAGCAACAAGGUCGGGGUUGGCGAACAUGCCGACUUUGCCGGGAUGGUCGUUGCCCAGGACAGAGCAGAUGAACCGGACCUUGACAUCGACCCGGAACUGAGAAAGAUUGUGACAAUUAAGGCGGGACUUUCCCUUCGACUCUUUAUUCCAAUCAAGGGAAGACCCACGCCCAGUAUCAAGUGGGACAAAGAUGAUGCUCCACUCAAGGAGAAGGCUCAAGUUGAAGUCACCAGCAGUUACACAGCCCUUGUAAUUGACCAGAUGAGCAGAGCUGAUAGCGGGAAAUACACGAUCACUGCAGAGAAUUCCAGUGGAACCAAAUCUGCAUUUGUCGUCGUCCGGGUUCUUGAUACACCGAGCGCCCCUAUUAAUCUGACAGUGAAAGAAAUUACAAACCAAGCCGUGACACUUGCCUGGGAAGUACCUCUUUUAGACGGUGGUUCCAAAAUCAAAAACUAUAUUGUGGAAAAAAGGGAGAGCACCCGCAAAACGUAUGCUGCCGUGGUCACAAAUUGCCAUGCUCUUUCGUGGAAGAUUGAGCCACUCCAGGAGGGUUGCAGUUAUUACUUUAGAGUCCUUGCUGAGAAUGCACACGGUAUCGGUCUGCCUGCAGUAACGGUCGAUCCGCUUAAGGUCUCAGAGGUGCCACAGGCUCCCAGGAGCUUGACUGUUACCGAUCAAACAAAUACAAGCAUCUCUUUAGCCUGGGAACAUCCGGAAUACGAUGGCGGCAGCAGAGUCAUCCAGUACUUGCUCGAGGUACAGCUUAAGGGACAGGAGAAGUGGUCUCGUGUCAACACGUACAAAACAAUGGAGACGACUGUUUCCAAUCUCAACCCAGGGGAGGAAUAUCUGUUCCGAGUUACAGCAAUAAAUGACAAGGGCAAAAGUGACCCCAGAGUCCUCUCUAGCCACGUCAUGACAAAGAACUUGACGUUUGAGCCCGAUGUGCGCCCUACUUUUAGCAGCUACAGCGUCCAUGUCGGUAAAGACCUAAAGGUUGAAGUGCCAAUCUUUGGACGCCCAAAACCAACAAUAGCGUGGACCAAAGAUGGAGCGCCUUUGAACUUCACUAGCAGAGUGAACAUUCACAGCACUCAGACUCAAACAAUUCUGAGCAUUAAGGAGGCGGCAGGUGACGAUGGUGGCAUGUACAGCGUUCAUGCCGCUAACUCUGCCGGAAAGAAAGAAGCCACCAUUGAAGUCCUAGUACUUGACAAGCCUGGGCCCCCAACUGGCCCAGUGAGAUUUGAUGAGAUUACAACACAGAGCGUGACUAUAUCAUGGGAUCCACCAAAACACAAUGGUGGUUGUCAGAUUUCAAACUACAUUGUGCAGAAGAGAGAGACCAUAACAACAACUUGGGAAAAUGUCAACAAUAACUGUGCCAGAACCACAAUCAAAGUGCCAAGACUGAAGACUGGAGCCGAGUACCAGUUCAGAAUCAUUGCUCAGAAUCGGUACGGAAAGAGUCACGGCCUCGAUUCCUCUGCUGUUGUUGCUCAGUACCCGUACAGAGAACCGGGCCCACCGGGCACGCCGUUCAUCUCUUCGCUCUCAAGAGAUCACCAGAUUGUGGAGUGGCACGAGCCCAUCUCGGACGGAGGCAGUCCGGUCCUCGGCUAUCAUCUUGAAAGAAAAGAGAGGAAUAGUAUUCUGUGGGUCAAAAUCAACAAGACACUCAUUUGUGAGACUUAUUACAAGAGCUAUCCCUUAGAGGAAGGCAUUGAGUACGAAUACCGGGUGUACGCUGAAAAUAUUGUAGGCACGGGACGGUGCAGUAAGGUUUCAGAGGGUUGCGUGGCCAGAGAUCCAUGUGAUCCUCCUGGUACGCCAGAAGCUAUCCAUGUGACCAAAGAUGCCAUUGUUAUCCAGUGGACCAAACCAGAAUACGACGGUGGCAGUAAUAUAACCGGCUACCUCGUGGAAAGGCGUGAUUUGCCAGAAGGCCGUUGGGUGAGGGCAAACUUCACUAAUGUGAUUGAGACCCAGUUCACUGCCACUGGCCUCACAGAAAAUUCCCAGUACGAGUUUAGAGUCAUAGCCAAAAAUGCCGUCGGCACCGUCAGCAAGCCAUCGUACAGCAGCGGACCAGUCACCGCCAGCGACAGGAUCGAGGCGCCUAAGUUCUCUGUUGACCCUGCGUUCACCAAGACCAUUGUCAUUAAUGCUGGGGAGACAUUCAAACUGGACGCAGAUGUUCGUGGCAAACCACUGCCAGCAAUGCAGUGGUUCAAGGAUGAUGUUUCAAUUGAGAAUACACUCAGAAUUGCCUUGAAAAACACAGAAACUCACGCAAUGGUAGUCAUUAAAGAUUCUGUGAGAACAGACGGCGGAAUGUACACGCUACGGCUAGCAAACGAAGCGGGCACUGAAACCGUGCCGUUCAGAGUGUUGGUCUUGGACAGACCGAGCCCCUGCGAGGGACCCCUUCACGUCGCCGGGGUAGCUGAGGAUAGAUGCUCAUUAGUGUGGCACGCUCCUUUACACGAUGGCGGAAGCCCCAUCACGCAUUACAUCAUUGAAAGAAGAGAGACGAGCCGUCUCGCUUGGACUGUUGUUUCUUCCAGCUGCACUAGCACAUGUUACAAAGUCACCAACUUGUUGGAAGGCAGUGAGUACAUGUUCCGUGUUAUGGCGGUCAACAGUUACGGCACUAGCAGCCCACUGGAAUCUGGCGCGGCCAUCAUGAAGAUUCCUUUUGUUCUUCCUGGUCCACCUCACAUUGAGGAUGUGACCAACAUUACUCAUGAUGGAAUGAGUGUUACUUGGACUGCCCCGGAGUCUGACGGUGGCAGUGAAAUUUUAAGUUACGUUGUUGAAAAGAAGGAUCGAGCGGGAGUUAAAUGGACCAGAUGCAACAGACAGAAAAUCACCGACCUUUCCUUCAGAGUCACUGGGCUAACCACCGGCCACGAGUACGAGUUCAGAGUGGCUGCUGAGAAUGUUGUCGGCUUGGGAGAGCCCAGUCUACCCAGCUCUUACUACAAGGCAUGCGACCCCAAGUACAAACCCGGGUCCCCUGCAUAUGUCAACGUCGUCGAUUCGACACAGAGCUCAAUCGCUGUGUCGUGGGGCAAGCCGCUGUCUGACGGCGGUAGCGCCAUUCAAGGAUAUAUUGUUGAAGUCUGCAAGGCUGAGGAAGAAGAAUGGACCAUGGUUACUCCCCCCACUGGCUUGCGUGUCAGCAAAUAUGAGAUCCACAAACUGACAGAGGGUCAGGAGUAUAAGAUCCAGGUGUGCGCUCUGAACAAACUCGGAGUCGGCGAGCCAGCCGUUCUCUCGGGAACCGCGAAACCAGAAGAAAGGCAUGAACCCCCACAGAUCCACUUGGAUUCUGAAUUGAGGAAGGGCAUAUCCGUGAAGGCCGGUGGAUCGGUUAGGAUCCAUGUCCCAUUCAAGGGCAGGCCGACACCUGAGAUUAAGUGGCUGAAGGGUGACGCAAACCUGAGUGAAAAGGCAUUGGUCGAAAAGAGUCUGACCUUCACACAACUGUCCAUUGACUCGUGUGACAAAUGGGAUUCAGGAAAAUACACUCUAACCCUGACUAACAGCAGUGGGUCUGUGUCAGAGUUUGUUACCCUUAAAGUCCUUGAUACGCCAGGAGCUCCGCAAAAUCUUGUAGUGAAAGAUGUUAAGAAGGACUCAGUCACUCUUGUUUGGGAUGCGCCACUAAUCGAUGGAGGUUCUAAAAUCAAGCACUAUGUCAUUGACAAACGUGAAUCCACCAGGAAGGCUUAUGCAAACGUCUCAAGCAAAUGUACAAAGACAACAUUCAAGGUUGAGAACUUGAUAGAGGGUGCUAUGUACUACUUCAGAGUCAUGGCUGAGAAUGAAUAUGGCGUCGGCCAGGCAAACGAAACAAAGACGGCUUCAAAGGCGUCCGAGGUACCGCUUCCUGUCGGGAACAUCUCCCUCGUCGACGUCACCAAAGCCAGUGUGUCAUUGGCCUGGGAAAAACCUGAGCAUGACGGAGGUAGCAGGAUUGGUGGCUACCUUAUUGAGAUGCAGCCCAAGGGUACGGAGAAGUGGGGUGUUGCCACGAACACAAAGACAUGCGAAGGCACGGUCACAGGCCUCACAAACGGAAUGGAAUAUCUGUUCCGUAUCAUUGCUUACAACGAGAAGGGAAAGAGUGAGCCAAAGGCACUCGUGACACCCGUUGUUGCUAGUGACAUGACCUUGGAGCCAAGCAUUAAGAUGCAGUUCAACACUUAUAGUGUGUUGGCAGGAAAAGACCUGAGCCUGACUUUUCCUAUACUUGGCAGGCCCAAACCCAAGGUCACCUGGACAAAGGAUGGUCAACUGCUGAAGGUGACCUCCAGAGUCAAUGUGGUGAACACGCUCAAAGCAACCGGGAUCCAGAUUUCUGAAGCGUGCAAAGAGGACUUUGGAAAGUACUCCAUCACAGCCAACAACGCCGCCGGCACAUUUAUCGCUCACAUGGAUGUCAUUAUUCUCGAUAAGCCAGGUCCACCGACUGGUCCACUUAAAGUUGUCGAGGUGAGUAACACUUUUGUCCACCUCUCGUGGGAUCCCCCAGAGUACAAGGGCGGAUGCCAGGUGAAACAUUAUAUCGUAGAAAAGCGAGAAACCACCGGCAAUACGUGGCAGUCGGUCACAUUGCAGCUAGCUAGGACAGCUUUCAAAGUGACCAAGCUGAAGACGGGCGUGGAAUACCAGUUCAGGGUCAUUGCAGAAAACCGAUAUGGGAAAGGCCCUCCUUUAGACUCCAAGGCUAUUGUUGUCCAAUACCCAUAUAAGCCACCAGGCCCUCCUGGGACACCGUAUGUUAAAUCUGCAACCAAGGAGAUGAUGGUCAUUGAAUGGAAUGAGCCAGUCAAUGACGGUGGAACCGCUGUUAUUGGUUACCAUCUUGAGAGCAAAGAGAGAAGCAGUAUCCUAUGGAACAAGUUGAACAAGACACUCAUCACCAAUACUCAAUUCAAGAUCUGUAAUCUCGAAGAAGGAAUUGGAUACGAGUUCAGGGUUUAUGCUGAAAAUAUUGUUGGCAUUGGCAGGUGCAGUAAAGCCUCAGAGUCAUUUGUCGCACGUGAUCCAUGCGACCCCCCUGGCACUCCAGAGGCUGUCGUCAUUUCUAGAAACUUGAUUAAGAUUAGUUGGACAAAGCCUCAGUAUGACGGCGGCAGCAAAGUCAAUGGCUACAUUGUAGAAAAGAAAGACCUUGCCUCACCCGAUAGGCGUUGGGUCAGAGAGAACUUUACAAAUAUCACGGAGACGGAAUAUAACAUCAGCGGUCUGACGGAGAAUGAGCAAUAUGAAUUCAGGGUUAUCGCCAGAAAUGCAGCCGGCGUCUUCAGCGAGCCCUCCGACAGCUCUGGACCUAUAACUGCUACGGAUGAAAUUGAACCACCAAGGGCCUCAAUGGACCCCAAAUACAAAGACGUCGUCGUGGUCAACGCUGGAGAACAUUUAACUCUCGAUGCCGACAUCCACGGAAAACCAGUUCCUGACGUGCUCUGGUUCAAGGAAGGCAAGGAAAUGGACAGAGCUCUGCGCAUUGAAGUGAAGAGCACUCCCAAAUGCACUGCCCUGACGGUUAAGGACGUGAACAAAUUGGACAGCGGGCACUAUGAACUUGUGCUCAAAAACCUGGGUGGUACAAAAACCUUCCCAGUCACAGUCAAAGUCCUUGACAAACCAGGAAAACCCACAGGACCCUUGAAGGUCACAGGAAUCAUGGCUAACAGAUGUACCCUUGCCUGGUCCGAGCCAUCCCUGGACGGAGGUGCCAAUAUCACUCACUAUAUUGUGGAGAAGCGGGAGACCAGCAGUUUAUCAUGGACGGUGGCUGCCGCCAAUGUCUGCAGUCUGUAUUGCGAAUUAACAAACCUGCUCGCCGGGAAUGAAUACAUUUUACGAGUCAGGGCUGUCAACAAAUACGGCGUCGGCGAUUGUCUCGAGAGUGAGCCCAUCGUUGCCCGCAAUCCAUACAAACCCCCUGGUGCUCCUGGAACACCGGAGGCAAGUCGGAUCACUAAGGAUUCAAUGGUUCUGUCAUGGUCAGCCCCAGAGCAGACUGGCGGGGCAGAUAUCGCAGGCUACCACCUAGAAAAACGUGACAAAGACAGUGUCCGCUGGACAAAGUGCAACCGACAAAAACUGACAGACGCUCACUUCCAAGUGACGGGACUGAUGGCCGACCACUUUUAUGAGUUCCGCGUCGCAGCCGAGAAUGAGGCAGGAAUCGGAGACCUCAGUGAACUGUCGCUACUUUACAGAGCCUGUGAUGCCACAAAGCCCCCAGGACCCCCGCACCACCCCAAGGUGACAGACUACACAAAGUCCUCUGUCUCACUCUCCUGGGGCAAGCCCGACUUUGACGGCGGCGCCUAUAUCAAGGGCUACGUCGUUGAAAUGCGAGAGUAUACGCCAGUACCAAAAUCGACAGAGGAGGUAGAAGUCGCCCCGACAGUAGACAGACCGGUUGAAAAAGAGUGGGCCACGUGUACGCCACCCUCUGGUAUUCAGGCUACUCAACUUACUGUCACGGACUUAAAGGAAUUGGAAGAAUAUCAGUUCCGUGUCUGCGCCAUCAACUCCGAGGGUGUGGGUGAGGCCGCUUACGUCCAUGGCACGGUGGUUGCUGUGGACAGGGAGGAAGCACCGGAGAUUGAGCUUGAUGCUGAUCUCAGAAAGGUGGUAUCUGUGCGUGCUGGUGGUACCUUGCGUUUGUUUGUCACCAUCAGAGGUAGGCCAGAUCCCACUGUAAAAUGGGAAAAAAUGGAUGGUGCUCUCAUAGACCGCGCUGUCAUCGACACCACCAGCUCAUACACUAUGGUUGUCAUUGACAAUGUUAACCGCUGGGACAGUGGCAAAUACUCACUCACCUUGGAGAACAGCAGCGGUUCAAAGUGUGCCGUUGUCUCCGUGCGGAUUUUGGAUACACCGAGUGCACCGCAGAACCUCAGUGUGAAGGAUCUCAAAAAGGAUUCAGCGACGCUCGUCUGGGAUACGCCGCUCACUGACGGUGGGUCUAAAAUCACCAACUACAUCGUUGAGAAGAGGGAGUCUGUCCGUAAGGCCUACACGACUGUUACCAGCAACUGCACGGCAAACACUUUUAAGAUUGAAGAGUUGCCCGAGGGUGGCAUUUUCUACUUCAGGGUUUGUGCUGUUAAUAAAUACGGCCAAGGGCUGACGGUUGAAAGCAGAGAAACUAAAGUUUCAGAGGUACCCAUGCCGCCAAACAAUGUAACCGUUGUCGAUGUGACCAAAACCAGCGUUUUGCUCUUGUGGGGCAAACCUGCACACGAUGGCGGCAGUAAAGUCAUCUGCUACAAUGUGGAGUUCAAGCCCAAGAGUGGUGGAAAAUGGGGUACAGCUUGCACAGUCAAGGUGACAGAGGCUACCGUUCCUAAUCUGACUCCCAACGAAACCUACCUCUUCAGAGUCGUCGCAAUCAACGAGAAAGGAAAGAGUGAGCCCAAGGAGCUCGGUUUGCCUGUGCACGCAAAGGACAUGGCCAUCGAGCCCUCUGCCAACCUACUAUUCACAACAUACAGCGUGAAGGCCGGAGAUGACCUGGCUGUUGAGGUUCCAGUGAGAGGCAGACCUAAGCCCGUUGUCUCGUGGAAGAGGGACGGUCUUCCCGUGAAGCAAACUUCUCUGGUUACAAUUUUAAACAUGGAGACCUCGUCCAAGAUGCUCAUUAAGCAGGCUGCCAGGGAGCAUGUUGGAAAGUAUGAGAUCACCCUGGCCAACACCGCAGGAACAGUAACAUCACAGCUAAGCGUAGUUGUCCUGGAUAAACCCAGUCCGCCGACAAGCUUUAAGGUUGACGCCGUGACGUCUGACAGCAUCACGCUUUCCUGGUCUCCACCAGGUUACGAUGGCGGCUGCUCCAUAAGUAACUAUAUCGUUGAGAAGAGAGAUACCAACACACAAGAGUGGCAAAUGGCCGCGAGCAAUGUGGCCAGAACGGUCUACAGAGCCAGCCGCCUGACGCACGGGGCAGAAUACCAAUUUCGCAUCUACGCAGUCAAUCGUUAUGGAAAGAGCACACAUUUAGAUUCUCCUGCAAUUACAGCUCAGUACAAUUUUAAGCAACCCGGACCACCUUCCACACCAGCAGUUAAGCUCGCCACAAAGUCUUACAUGGUGGUGACCUGGAACGAGCCUGUCAAUGACGGGGGCAGUCCUGUUGUUGGCUAUCACCUUGAGCGGAAAGAGCGCGACAGCAUUCUCUGGAGCAAGAUGAACAGAGGAAUGAUCAAGGAUUCUGAGUACAAAGUCACUGGAAUAGAAGAGGGUAUCAUGUAUGAAUAUCGUGUCUAUGCUGAAAAUAUUGCUGGGAUCGGUAAAUGCAGCAAGGUCUCUGAGGCUGUGGCGGCGAGAGAUCCGUGUGAUCCUCCGGGAACCCCCGUUGUCACCGCUGUAAGCAGAACAUCUGUAUCCUUGAGUUGGGGCAAACCAGAGUAUGACGGCGGCACCAAGAUCUCUGGCUAUAUCGUUGAACGUCGAGAUCUUCCGGAAGGUCGCUGGACAAGGUGCAAUUUCACCAACGUGCCCGAGACUCGCUACCACGUGACGGGCCUUACGGAGGACAGCCAAUACGAUUUCCGUGUCAUUGCUAAGAACUCGGCAGGAUUGUUCAGCGGACCCUCUGACAACACUGGCCCGAUCGCCGUCAAGGAUGAUGUGGAGCUUCCACGAAUCAUGAUGGAUGUCAAAUACAGAGAAACUGUAUUUGUGAAAGCAGGAGAAACUUUAAAGGUUCACGCUGACAUCGCAGGCCGCCCUUCCCCCGUCGUCGCCUGGUCCAAAGACGGCAGCGAGAUUGUGCCGAGCGCGAGAAUCCAAGUUGUUUCGACAGAUACCGCUACUUCGGUGAUUGUGAAAGACUGCAUCAGAAGAGAUUCCGGUCAAUACUUACUCACGCUACGGAACAUUGCCGGGACAGUUAGCAUGCCAAUACAUUGUGUCAUUAUCGAUAAGUCAGGGCCCCCCGCAGGACCUCUGCAGAUUACAGGUCUCACGUCUGAGGAAUGCACUCUGUCGUGGGGUCCACCUCAGGAGCCCGGUGGUGCUGAGAUCACACACUAUGCUGUUGAGAAGCGCGAGACCAGCCGCCUGGCCUGGACUCUAGUGAAGGCUGACGUCACCAAAACCUACUUGACCGUCAGGGGACUGCUGAAGGGAAAUGAAUAUAUCUUCAGGGUUUUGGCCAUCAACAAGCACGGAAACGGUGAGGCUUUGGAGAGCGAGGCUGUCAAGAUCACCGACCCGUACACGUUUGCCACAGCUCCUCUUAACGUCGAUGCCACUGACAUUACUGGAGAGUCAAUGACCGUCACGUGGUGCAAACCGACGAGCGACGGAGGCAGUCCAAUCACUGGCUACGUGAUUGAGCGCCGGGAGAAGACCGGCAUGCGCUGGAUUCGUGUCAAUAGAGAUUCAGUCGCUGAAUGUAGCACCGUGGCAAACAACCUGCGUAAGGGUUGCGAGUAUGACUUCAGGGUCUAUGCUGAAAAUGCGGCCGGUCUGAGCCCUCCGAGUGAAGCCUCUGCUUCAUUUAGAGCAGUCGAUCCUCAGGCCGUUCCAAGUCCUCCGUCCAAGCCAAAGAUCGUGAAUUCAACAAAGGACAGCGUGUCCGUUGUUUGGAAAGCACCUACCAACAAUGGAGGUGCUCCUAUCCUUGGAUACGCCGUCGAAUACAGGGAGUACAUCCACAAACCAGUGACGGCGGUGGCGGAGGUUGAAGGGGAAUAUGAAGAAGAGGAAGAGGAGGAACCCGAGUCACCAGAACCGCAGAGAUGGGUUGAGGCCAUUGCUCUCACCAAGAGCUUGGAGUUCACAGUUCCUGGACUAAAAUCUGACAUGGUAUAUGAAUUCCGCGUCAAAGCAAUCAACAAAGUUGGAAGCAGUAGGCGCAGCCGCUGCUCCGAUGCGGCUGCAGCAGUGGAAAGAACUGCAGAGCCAGCAUUCGAUGUGGAUGUUGAGAUGCGCAAAGUCCUUGUGGUUCAGCACGGAACGGCAUUUACCCUCAAUGUUCCAUUCAAGGGUAAACCUGUUCCUUCGGUGGAAUGGACCAAGGAGGGCACCGACCUAAAGGUGAGAGGAACGAUUGAUUCAACAAACUCCAGCACUUCACUGACCAUCGAAAAGCCAACAAGAAAUGACUCUGGAGAAUACUGUGUCAGCAUUGAGUCGCCAUUAGGAAAAUCAACAUUACUGUUAGUUGUCAAGGUUCUUGAUUCUCCUGGACCCCCAGUCAAUGUCAAGGUUUCAGCAGUGACCAGGGACUCGGCCACCCUCACGUGGGAAGCCCCUGAGAAUGACGGUGGCGACGCAGUGAAGGCCUACCACGUUGAAAAGCGAGAGGCGAGUAAAAAGGCCUGGGUUUCCGUCACCACUAACUGCCACGCAUUGACGUAUAAAGUGGACCAGCUUCUGGAAGGAGCCACUUAUUACUUUAGAGUUAUUGGAGAGAAUGAACAUGGAUUGGGAGUACCGCAGGAGGCAAAAGCCGGCACAAAGAUUACAGAGGUGCCGAGUGUUCCCAUGAAACUCGGAGUUGCAAAUGUCACUAAAGACAGCGUGACAAUCGCCUGGACUCGUCCCGAGUAUGACGGUGGUAGCAGAGUGAAGGCUUACCUCAUUGACGCUCUGGAGAAGGGGCAAACCAAAUGGGUCAAGUGUGCAUCAGUGAGGACCAUGAGCCACACUAUAAAAAGCCUAAGAGAAGGUGCAGAGUACUACUUCAGAGUGAGAGCUGAGAACCACGCUGGACUAAGUGAACCAAAGGAGAUGAUCGUACCGGUUAUCGUCAAAGAAAUUCAAGAGGCUCCAGAGUUUGAUUUGAAAAACUACCCCAAGAAUACAGUUUACGUCAGAGCUGGUUCCGACCUUACCUUCGACGUUCCACUUUUUGGCAAGCCGAUGCCGAAAGUGACUCUGUCCAAGAACAAUGUUGUCAUCAAGGGAUCCAAAAGACUGUCGACCGAAGUCACGCCUGACAACUUAACGAUUACCCUGAAUGAAAGCGCAGCAAGCGACGCUGGGAAAUACGAAGUAACCGCCUCAAACCCCGGCGGUGCCGCCAAGAUCUUCAUGAACUUUGUUGUGCUGGAUAGACCUGGACCCCCGGUCGGACCUGUGGUGAUUGGAGCGGUUGGAGAGACUACAGUGUACUUGAAAUGGGAUCCUCCAGAGUAUGACGGUGGCAGCCCUGUUACCAAUUACGUCGUCCUGAAACGGCAAACUAGCACUCCUACCUGGACAGAGGCGUCAACCAACGUUGCAAGAAGUGAAAUCAAAGUGAUGAAACUGACCAAGGGGGAGGAGUAUCAUUUCAGAAUUAAGGCUCAGAACCGCUACGGUGUCAGCGACCACAUUGACAGCAAGUCAGUUAUGAUCAAGCUUCCAUUCACCGUCCCUGGACCUCCAUCCACGCCUUGGGUUAGUUUUGUGUGUAGGGAUAACUUGACUGUCUGCUGGAAUGAACCGGUGAGCGACGGCGGGAAUCCCGUGACCGGGUAUCAUCUUCAGAUGAAGGAAAGGAGCAGUAUCCUCUGGCAAAAGAUCAAUAAAACAGCAAUACCAGGAAACCAGUUUCGGGUCACCAACAUCUGCCCGGGUCUCAUCUACGAGUUCAAGGUGGCAGCUGAAAAUGCCGCUGGCAUUGGAAAGAUGAGCAAGACGUCUGAUGAGGUGCUGGCGAUUGAUGCGUGUGAGCCUCCUGCAAAUGUCCACGUCACCGAAGUCACAAAGAACUCAGUCAGCCUGUCCUGGCAGCGGCCCCCAUAUGAUGGCGGCAGUAAGAUCGCCGGCUAUAGUGUGGAGAGGAGGGACGCCGCCAGUGGCAGAUGGGUGAAGGCUAACUUCACAAAUAUCCUUGAGAUGGGCUUCACGGUGUCUGGGCUGAACCAGGACGAGUCUUACGAGUUCAGGGUGUAUGCAAAGAAUGUUGUCGGCUCUGUCAGUAACCCUUCUCUUAUUGCUGGCCCGGUCACUUGUAUCGACGCGCACGGUGCUCCGGCCAUUGAUCUUCCUCCAGAGUAUUUGGAUGUGGUUCAGUACAAAGCCGGAACGUCAGUUAAAAUCAGAGUAGGAAUCCUUGCCAAACCUCAGCCAAGCAUCGAGUGGCUCAAAAACGGAAAGGAGCUUGUCGCUUCUUCUUCCUCGUGUGUGGAAAACACAACCGAGUCGUCAGCCAUCCUGAUCAAGGAUGCGACCCGCCGACACACUGGCUCGUAUGAGAUAAAGAUCAAAAACGCGUUUGGCUCAGCGACGGCUACGGUUGCGGUCGAAAUCCUCGACAAACCCGGACCGCCGGCCGGCAGCAUUAAUUUUAACCUCAUCACAGCGGACAGAAUCAUCCUCCGCUGGGAGCCUGUGUGUGAGGCCGACAACGGAGGUUCCGAGGUGACGCACUACAUCGUGGAGAGGCGUGAAACCAGCAGAGUGGUCUGGUCGACAGUCUCUGAGCGGCACGAGCAGACGUACAUCUCCGUCGGCAAACUGGUGCGAGGAAACGAAUACGUGUUCCGGGUCAUGGCUGUUAACAAGUUUGGCGUGGGAGAGCCACUCGAGUCAGAGGCCGUUGUUGCAAAGAACGCCUUUGUCACUCCGGGACAGCCACAUACGCCUGAGGUGAACAUCAUCACCAAGACUUCUAUGGUGGUCGAAUGGGAAAGUCCAGGUGUGGACGGCGGAAGCACAGUUACUGGCUACUACUUGGAGAGACGUGACAGGAAGAGUUUGCGCUGGAUCCGAGUUUACAAAGACCCCGUUCCAGACCAUAAGCAGACUGUCUACCAUCUCACCGAAGGAAAUGAGUACCAGUAUCGCGUCUGUGCCAUUAACAGGGCUGGAGAAGGACCCUUCUCUGACGGAUCCGACUUCUAUAAGGCUGCAGAUCCCGUUGAUGCUCCAGAUGAGCCUUGCAAGCUGAAGGUGAUGGAUUCCACAAAGACCUCCAUCACUUUGGGCUGGUCCAAGCCAGAAUGGGAUGGAGGCAGUGAGGUGACCUGCUACAUGGUGGAGAAGCUGGUGGAGGGAGAGGAGAAUUGGACCAUGGUUACUUCAAAGGGAGAGGUCAAGAUGACGGAAUAUACUGUACACGACUUACAGCCGGACGUGAACUACUUUUUCCGAGUUUCUGCUGUCAACUGCGCGGGCCGUGGGGAACCUCUGCAGAUGACUGAGCCUGUACAGGCUAAAGAUAUCUUGGAGGAAGCCCAGAUUGACUCAGAUGUGGCCGUGAGAACUCACUACAUUGUGAAGGCUGGCAAGGAUGUGGAGCUCUCUGUUCCUUUGAAGGGUCGACCAUCACCCGACGCUUCUUGGAGCAAAGGGGAUUUAUGUAUCGACAACAACCCCUCUUAUGAAUUCCACCACUCGGACACCACCGCAGUUCUCGUCAUGCGUGAUGUCACCAAGCUCGACACUGGAAAAUAUACGGUCAAGAUUGCGAAUGGCGUAGGAGAGCCCAAGACGCUAACCUUGUCCGUGAAGGUCCAGGACCGUCCAGCUCAGUGCAGGAACCUGACACUGAAAAACGUAACCCGUGGAAAAGUCACGCUUUGCUGGGAAACGCCACUCCUCGAUGGCGGUGCUGAAAUCACAAACUACAUUGUAGAGAAGAGGGACUCUUCAAAGAGAUCAUACUCUGCAGUCACAAGCAAAUGCGUCGACACCACCUACACGAUUGAAGAUCUCUCUGAAAAGACAUUGUACUUUUUCCGUGUACUCGCAGAGAAUGAGAAUGGUGUCGGUGAACCAUGUGAAACACUUGAACCCGUCAAGGCUGCAGAGACUCCCGGUCCAGUCAAAUGUGUUUCUAUGAAGGAUUCCUCCAAGACCUCAGUCACCCUGCAGUGGCUUAAGCCUGAUUACGACGGCGGCAGCAUCAUCUCCGACUACAUCGUUGAGAAGAAAGCCGCGGGCGAAGACUGGACACUUGGAGGAACGGGCCGACACUGCGAGUUUGAGGUGCAAAAACUUAAGGAGCACUCCGACGUGUUCUUCAGAGUUGCGGCCCGAAAUGAGAAGGGUCAGGGUGACUUUGUCAAGAUAGGUCCAAUCAAGGUCGUCGACUAUGUUAUCACACCCGAAGCGAGCCUCGCAGACUACCCGGAUGGAAGAAUCUGUGUUCGCUUAGGGCACAAUGUCCACAUUGAGCUGCCCUACGUAGGUAAACCCAAGCCGUCAGUCUCGUGGCUGAAGGACAACCUUCCUCUGAAGGAAAGCGAUCAAAUCCGCUUCAAGAAGACAGCGAACAAAGUGACGCUAAUGAUAAAGAGUGUGAAGAAAGAGAAUGAGGGUAAAUUCACACUUACUCUUGACAACAAAAUCAACAGAAAGUCCUUCCACAUCCACGUCAUUACCCUCGGACCCCCAUCGAAGCCCCUCGGACCCAUCCGCCUUGAUGAAGUCAGAGCGGAAAGCAUCAUGAUCUCCUGGGAUGAGCCCAAUGACGACGGCGGCGGAGACGUCAGCUGCUAUACUGUCGAGAAGCGUGACACCUCUCAGCCUGACUGGAAGAUGGCUUGUUCCAGGGUGGAGGGAACUCAGUUCCAAGUGCCCAACCUGGUCAAGGGUGUCCAAUACCAGUUCAGAGUGUGUGCUGAGAACAGGUACGGUGUCAGUGAGCCCCUGGUCUCACAGAUGGUGAUUGCCAAGCACCAAUUCAGGCCCCCAGGCCCACCAGGCAGGCCUGUUGUGUAUAACGUCACCAACGACGGCAUGACAAUCCAGUGGGAGAAGCCUCUCUAUGAUGGCGGUACACCCAUCCAGGGCUUCCAUGUGGAGAAGAGGGAAAAGAACAGCAUCAUGUGGCAGAAGGUGAACCUAGUGCUCAUCAGAGAAACCGAUUACAGGAUCCUGGGUCUCAUCGAAGGCCUCGAGUACUCGUUCAGAGUGUAUGCACAGAAUGAUGCCGGCUCCAGCCGGAUGAGUGAUGAGAGCAAGCCCGUCAUGGCCGUCAGUCCCGUCGAUCCUCCAGGCCAGCCCGACUACACUGACGUGACGAGUGACUCGAUCACGCUGAAGUGGGAUGCGCCCAAACGUGACGGCGGCAGUAAGAUCACUGGCUACAACAUUGAGAAACGACAGGGUCACGGUCGUUGGUUCAAGGCCAACUUGACUGAUGUCCACGACUGCCAGCACACUGUGACUGGUCUGACAAUGAACGAGCGCUAUGAGUUCAGGGUGAUUGCCAGAAAUGCCAUCGGUGUCGUCAGUCCCCCGUCCAACUCGUCUGGUUUGAUUGUGGUCAGAAGCGAGAAUGCUGCUCCGCACAUUGAAUUUGGCCCGGAGUAUUUUGAGGGUUUGACUGUCAAAGCGGGUGACAACAUCAGGGUGAAUGUGGCGAUCACCGGGCGGCCUGUUCCCAAAGUGAUCUGGUACAGAGACGGCGUGGAAAUCACCCAAAGGAUGAUGGAUAUUAUCACCGCUCCUGGAUACAGCACUCUUUUCAUCAGAGAUGCUGACCGUACCCACCGCGGUCUCUACACGGUCGAAGCGACUAAUGGAUCGGGCAGCAAGAAGGAGAAUCUUCUGGUUCAAGUACAAGACACACCUGGAGAACCAGUAGGACCCAUCGUGUUUAGCAACAUCUCAGAGGGCAGAUGUACCCUCUCCUGGAAUCCGCCAGAGAACAAUGGCUGCUCGGAAAUUUCACAUUACAUCAUUGAGAAGAGGGAAACAUCCAAAAUCUCUUGGGCAUUAAUGUCUGAUGACUGUCACGAGUGCACGCUCACUGCAACCAAACUCGUAAAGAUCAACGAGUACCAAUUCAGGGUCUCAGCUGUCAACAAGUUUGGUGUUGGCAGACCGUUGGAAUCCUGCCCUAUUAUUGCACAGCUGCAAUACAGUACCCCCGAUUCUCCAGGCACUCCGGAUGCCACCGAGGUCACAGGGGAAAGCAUAACAUUGGCCUGGACUCCUCCAACAUCAGACGGAGGAAACCCCAUCCAACAUUAUAUACUGGAAAAACGAGAGAAGAAGACUGUCCGGUUCUACAAGGUGCUUUCAAAGAAACCCAUCACCGAAUGUGCUCACAGGGUUUCUCAUCUCACUGAGAAUAUGGAGUACGAGUUCCAGGUGAUGGCUGUGAAUGAUGCCGGUAUUGGUUCUCCGAGCAACAUCUCCUUGCCCAUCAAAGCUGUCGAACCAAAGGACAUCCCAUGCGCUCCAUCCGUGGUCUGUGUGUCCGACUCCACAAAUACCUCUAUCAGUCUGGAAUGGAGCAAGCCUGCAGAUGACGGAGGUUCUGAUAUCCUGGGAUACAUCGUCGAGAUGGUUAAAGCAAAUGAACUCGACUGGCAUAGAGUCAAUGAAGAGCUCGUGGCCGAAACAGAGUACACGGUGACUGGUCUACAAACUGGGGUUGCGUACAAGUUCCGCGUUGCCGCUGUAAAUCAAGUCGGAAGAGGCGAGGACAUGGCAACUCUAGAACCGGCUCAGGCCGUUGACAGACUCACACCGCCAAUGGUUGAUAUUGAUGCCUCCUUCAAGCAAACGCAUGUUGUCAAGGCUGGAGGUUCAGUGAAACUAAGUGUACAAUUCAGGGGAAAGCCAGUUCCUGUCGCCACCUGGCUGAAAGAAGAAGGAGAAGUGGGUGUGAUGUCCGAGGUCAUAACUGCAGAGGGCAGCAGUACUCUACAUAUUGAAAACUGCUCGAGGAACGAUACAGGCAAAUACACUGUUAACUUGGAUAACAGCAGCGGUAGCGAGUCCAUGACUUUCACCCUGAAGGUCAUGGACACUCCCGGAGCUCCUGAGGCUUUAGCCUUCCACGAGGUGUCCAGAGGCUCAGUCACCCUUGCGUGGCAGCCUCCGCUCAAUGACGGCGGAGCGCGAAUCCAACACUACAUUGUGGAGAGACGCGAGGCCACCCGUCGCGCUUGGACACAGUCUGGGGGAAAAUGCACUCAGAAUAUCAUGAAAAUCCAGGAUCUCCUGGAGGGAGUGCCAUACUUCUUCAGGGUCUCUGCAGAGAACCAGCACGGUGUCGGCGAAGCAUUGGAGAUGACAGAGCCUGUCGUCGCCACUGCCGAGCCAGCGCCACCAAAGAGAGUGGACAUUGUAGACACAACAGACAGCUCGGUGUCACUGAGCUGGCUGAAGCCGGAGCAUGACGGCGGAAGCCGUAUCCAGAGUUACAUCAUCGAGGCCAGGGCGAGUGGGACGGAUAAAUGGUUUGUGGUUGGCAACACCAAGAACCUCUCCUACGUGGUUGAUAAGCUCAACAAGGGCCACGAGUAUCACUUCCGUGUGAAAGCCAAGAAUGAGUCCGGCCUCAGCAGGCCCCGGGAAAAUCCAGCCCGGGUGUUGGUCAAAGAGCCUCACAUUGAACCGGCAGCUGAUCUCAGUGAGAUCAUCAAUCAGCUGAUCACAUGCAGCUCUGGCAGUAGCUUCACAAUUGAUGUUCCUAUUAGCGGGCGACCUGCUCCCAAGGUAGCCUGGAGACUGGAGGAGAUGAGGUUGAAGAACUCUGAAAGAGUUUCAAUUCAAGUAACGAAAGACAGAACGAGCAUAUCAGUCAAGGAUGCCAUGAGGGGUGAUGGAGGAAAAUACUACCUGACCCUGGAGAAUGUUGCCGGAACCAAGACCUUUACUAUAGACGUCAACGUCAUCGGUAGACCCAACCCUCCGACGGGGCCUGUCGAAAUUUCAAAUAUCACCUCCCAAUCCUGUGUCGUUAACUGGGAUGCGCCAGAGGAUGACGGCGGCACCGACAUAACCAACUACAUCGUGGAGAAGCGUGAAUCUGGUUCCAGUGCCUGGCAACUGAUCAACUCCAGCGUGAAGCGCACGUCUCUGCAUGUCAGUCAUCUGACAAAGUACAUGCAAUACACCUUCAGGGUCUCUGCCGAGAAUAGAUUUGGCAUCAGCAAGCCGACUGAGUCUCAGACCGUCGUCGCAGAGCAUCCUUACACACCUCCUGGAGCACCAACAAGGCCAUGUGUCUUUAAUAUCUUUGCCAACACAAUGACCUUGAAAUGGGAGGAGCCCUAUCACGAUGGCGGCAGCAAGGUGACAGGUUACUGGAUCGAGAAGAAAGAGAGAAAUAACAUUCUGUGGGUAAGGGAGAACAAGAUUCCGUGCUUUGAGUGCUUUCAUAAGGUGGAAGACCUCGUCGAAGGUCUAGAGUACCAGUUCCGAGUUUAUGCGAUGAACAGUGCUGGUCUGAGCAAGGCCAGUGAAGCCUCUAAAGGAGCAGUCGCCCAAAACCCUGUCGAUUCACCGAGUAAGCCAGAAGUGACAAAUGUAACCAGGACCACAGUGUCGCUCAAAUGGUUGGCUCCGCUCAAUGACGGCGGCAGUCCAAUCGUAGGAUACGUCAUUGAACGAAAGCCAUACACUUUGACUGGCGAGGGCCGUUGGCUGAAGUGUAAUUACACAAAUGUGACGGACACUUUCUACACUGUUACCGCCCUGGGAGAAGGAGAACCCUACGAGUUCAGAGUCAUUGCCAAGAAUGCCAACCAAGUCUUCAGCACCCCAUCAGAUUCCACUGGCUCUGUGCAGUGCAAGACUGACUUUGAACCUCCAAAGGCUCACCUCGACGGCAAACUACUGUCUGAAGUUGUCACGGUGAGAGCUGGCUCAGAUCUGGUUCUGGACGCUGCCGUGGGUGGCAGGCCUGAGCCCAAAGCUUCCUGGUCCAAGGGCAACAGGGAACUCGAGUUAUGCGAGAAGUACCAUCUGCAAUACACAUCCAACCGGGCAAUGGCUAUCGUCAAGUUCUGUGACAGAGAUGAUACCGGAAGGUAUAUUCUCACUGUUAGGAACGUGAGUGGAACAAAGACUGCUGAAGUCAACGUCAAAGUACUUGACACUCCGGGAGUGUGUGAAGGCAGCAUCGAAAUCAGCAAGAUAACAGAGGAGUCGUGCACUCUGAGCUGGAAGCCUCCUUUGGAAGAUGGCGGUGAUGAGGUGUCCCACUACCUCGUGGAGAGAAGAGACACCAACAGACUUAACUGGGUUUUCAUGCAUACCGAGUGCAAGGAGCUGGCUUGCAGCAUCACGGGGCUUUUCAAGAACACAGAAUACCUGUUCAGAGUCCGGGGAAUCAACAAGUACGGCGCUGGUGUCCCCCUUGUCUCCAAUCCCAUGGUUGCCAAGAACACUUUCACUGUGCCAUCGCCACCCAGUGCACCUGAGAUCCUGGUGUCUGGAAAGGACUUUGCAACCAUUGAGUGGAUGAAGCCUGAGAGUGACGGUGGCAGCCCGUUGCUCCACUAUCUUGUUGAGAAGCGUGAGAAGAAGAGCGCUCGCUGGGUGAAGGUGAACAGGAACGGAGCACAUCUCGACACCACGCUGAAGGUGUCCGGUUUGACCGAAGGCAACAUAUACCAGUUCAGGGUGACGGCCAUCAACAAGGCUGGAGAGAGUGAACCGAGUGAGGUUUCACUCUACGUUGUCUGCAGAGAGCCAACGUGCACCCCAUCUCCCCCCUCGGUACCUCGUAUCACUGACACGCACGCUGACAGCAUUAGCUUGGCCUGGUCUCGCCCUGUGGAGGAUGGAGGAGCUGAUGUGCUGGGCUAUUAUUUGGAAAUGCGGGAAGCUGGAACACAGGAGUGGACAAAGGCCCACGAGAAGACACUGCGCACUUUAGAGCACACAGUGACCGGACUUUGCUCAGGCAAGAAGUAUUGCUUCAGAGUGGUCGGCAUCAACAUCAACGGCAUCGGAGACUUCAGCGAGCACUGUGCCGAAACGGAGCCGGUCGAGAGAAUUGAAACUCCUGACUUGGAGCUCCCUGAUGAGCUGAGGAAGACCAUCUGCCUGCGGGCCGGUGGUUCUCUACGCCUCUUUGUCAAUAUUACCGGCCGUCCUGCUCCGACAAUCACUUGGAGCAAGCAGGGCGUUGACCUUAACAGCCGAGGCUUCGUAGAAGUCACCCACAAGUCAACCACACUGAUCAUCGAUAAGGUCCAUCGGUACGAUGCGGGAAAAUACACACUGGUGGCUGAGAACUCUGCUGGCAAACAGGAAGUCCAUAUCCUCGUCAAAGUCUAUGACACUCCAGGACCGACGGGACCGAUCAAGAUCAAGGAACUGACCAAAGAAUAUGCCACCAUCUCCUGGGAAGGCCCCUGCGUUGAUGGCGGCGCCCCUGUCAACAAUUAUAUCAUCGAGCGGCGCGAAGCCUCCAUGAGAGCCUACAAAACUGUUACUUCCAAGUGCAGCAAGACAUCUUUCAAGAUUGAUGGCCUGAUGGAGGGCAUGUUGUACUACUUCCGAGUCCUACCUGAAAACAUUUACGGUGUCGGCGAGCCUCGCGAGACAUCGGAUGUGAUCCUGGUUUGUGAGGUGCCUCACCCGCCGCGCAAAUUUGAGGUGAUUGACGUCACCAAAAGCACAGUUUCGUUGAGCUGGGAGAAACCUGAGCAUGACGGAGGCAGCAGACUUACGGGUUACAUUGUCGAGGCUUGCAAAUUUGGUACUGACAAGUGGAUGAAGGUGGCCUCGCUCAAGCUAACUGACUUUGAGCACACAAUUGAGAAGUUGAAUGAGAAGGAGCAGUACUUGUUCAGAAUCAAAGCCAUCAACAGUCGAGGCGCCAGCGAAGCAAAGGAGCUCGUUACGCCUGUGACCGUACAGGAACAAAGAGUGAUGCCUGCGGUGGAUUUCACCAGCCUUCCCCAGAAAACUAUUCACGUUCUGGCCGGUAAAACCCUAGAGCUGGACCUACCGAUCAUCGGCAGGCCUCCCCCCUCCUGCAUCUGGUUCUUUGGUGACAACAGGAUCAAAAUCACAGAUCGUGUCAAGAUUCAGAGCACUGGCAAGUUUUGCAAACUAACCGUUUCCAACACAACCAUCGACGACACUGGAAACUACACCCUGGAGUUGAAGAACACUGUUGGUGUCACCAGCGAGGUCAUCAAAGUUGUCAUUCUCUCCAAACCUGACGAACCAAAAGGACCAAUCAGAUUUGAUGAGAUUGACGCAACCACAGUCACCUGUAGCUGGGAUCCUCCCGCUAGGGAUGGCGGAGCUCCCAUCAGCGGCUAUGUGGUGGAGCAACGAGAUGCCCACAGACCAGGCUGGGUGCCGGUUUCUGACUCUGUCAGCCGACCCACCUUCAAAUUUGAGAACCUGACUGAGGGAGAUGAGUACGUCUUCCGUGCGGCUGCUGUGAAUCGCUAUGGGACCGGAGAUUUCUUGCAGUCUGAAAUUGUUACCUGCAGGAGUUUGACAAAUGUGUCCGGAUCUCCUGGCCGGCCGACCAUUUUUGAUGUUUCGCGUGAUGGUAUGACUGUUGCCUGGAAUCCACCGGAAGAGGAUGGUGGGCUCGAGGUUUCUGGUUAUAUUAUCGAGCGCAAAGAAGUCAGGGCUGACAGAUGGGUGCGUGCCAACAAGCACCCUGUCACCAUGAAUAGAUACCGCUCCACAGAGCUAAUCGAAGGCCUAGAGUACGAACACAGAAUCAUUGCCAUCAAUGCCCGUGGAUUAAGCAAACCGAGCUUGCCUUCGAAACCAGCUGUGGCAUCAGAUCCCAUUGAUCCACCCGGUUGCCCCCAGAACCCUCGGGUCACGGAAACCACCAAGUCAUCUGUAUCCCUGGCUUGGAGUCCCCCUGAUGAUGAGGGAGAUGCAAGAGUGGACGGUUACCUCAUUGAGAUGCAGAAGGUGGGCACUAUGGCGUGGCUCAAAUGCAACACCACACCCUCUCUGAUAUGCGAGUACACCCUGACCAACAUGCCACAAGGAGAGGAGUUCAAAUUCCGAGUACUGGCCUGCAACGCGGGCGGUUCUGGGGAGCCUGCCGAAGUUCCCGGAACUAUGACUAUCACAGAGAUGUUUGAAUCUCCCGAUUGUGAACUCGAGCUGAAAUACAAAGAUGUGUACGUGGUCCGUCACGGUGGAGUGGUCCGGCUCUCUCUUCCCAUUAAGGGCAAACCUCGCCCUACCUGCUCAUGGUCAAAGGACAGCGGGGCGGUGUCAACCAAGGCCAUGGUUGCUUACACUGAAGACACCAGCGAACUGGUGAUCAAAGGAGCCGAGAGGAGCGACUCUGGUGUGUAUGAGCUUCUUCUGGAAAAUGAAGUUGGCAAGAAGAAGGCCCAAAUCAAGGUCAAAGUGAUUGGCCGUCCAAGUGCUCCGGAAGGACCGUUAACGUUUGAGGAAAUCCAGGCCAACUCUGUAAAGGUGUCCUGGAAAUCACUCACCGAUGAUGGCGGCGCAGAGAUACUUGGUUACAUUGUCGAAAGAAGAGAGGUCACCAGAAAUGCCUGGUACACUGUGGACAGCAGGGUGACAGAUCAUCAAUUGCUUGUCAAGGGCCUAAAUGAAGGAACAGAAUAUCACUUUAAGGUUACCGCCGAGAACUCUUUUGGUAUUGGCCCAUCUCUGAAGUCAGAGCAACCGCUAGUGCCCAAGACUCCACUUUGUCCACCGGAGCCAUCCGGCGCACCGCUAGAAAUCAUGGAUGUCACCAAAAGCUCUGUGGCACUGGCGUGGUGCAGACCAAAGGACGAUGGAGGUUCUUCCAUCAAGGGCUACUUUGUUGAGUACAAGGAGGUGUCUGCGGAGCAAUGGUCUCGUCACCCCGCCAGGAUUCCCGCCACAAUGUUUACCCUGUCUGGACUCAGAGCAAAUGCAGACUAUCAAUUCCGCAUUUUUGCUGUCAAUGAUAUUGGAGAGAGCGAAGCUGGACCUGUGUCAGAGACCGUCACGUGCAAAGAUCCGUUUGAUAAACCAAGCCAGCCAGGUGAAAUUGAUACAACAAUGGUAACUCAAAAUUCCAUCGCCGUUCGCUGGCAAGCUCCAGAGUGUGACGGUGGAAAGGAGGUCCUGGGCUAUUGGGUGGAAUACCGAAAGUCCACUGAGAGCACCUGGAAGAAAUGCAACAAGGAGAGGCUGACAGAACAGGAAUUUACCAUCCGUGGUCUGGCCGAAGCUACCGAAUAUGAGUUCAGAGUAUUAGCUGAGAAUGACACCGGGAUAAGCAGGCCUCGACGGACAGCCGCUUGCAUCAAGACCAAACUGAGCGUCGAGACCAAACCGAGUCUGAGAAAAGAAAUGGACGAAGUCACAGAGAAACUGGGACAGCCUGCUGUCAUGAAGUGCCAGAUUAUUGGCAGGCCGGUUCCUGAGAUCAAGUGGUACCACGCAGGCAAGGAGAUUGUCGAGUCCCGCAAAUACGAGAUGAGCUCCGAUGGCCGUAACCACUCCCUCUCCAUCAUGACUGAUCAACAAGAGGAUGAGGGAGAAUACACCUGUAAGGCUACCAAUGAUGCCGGCGAAGCAGAAACCAAGGGAGUUCUUUUACUGGAAGCUGCCCCGUCCUUCCACUCUGACUACCCAUUGAAGAGCACGUACUACGCCGGUCUAGGAACGACCCUACGCAUCCACGUUGUGUACAUUGGGCGUCCCGUGCCAAAGAUUUUGUGGCUCCAAGAAGCAAAGACCCUGGAGAACUCCGAGGACAUCAGUAUCGAGACCACGGAGCAUUAUACCCACCUCAUUAUCAAGAAUGUGCAGCGCAGGAUCCAUGGAGGAAAAUACAGGAUCCGACUGCACAAUCACUUUGGCAGGGCCGACACUGCGUUCAACGUUGAAAUCUACGACAAACCCGAUAUCCCCCAGGGUCCCAUCGUUCUGGAGGCCCUCCUAAAGAACUCUGUCAUCAUCACCUGGAAGCCUCCCAAGGACGACGGCGGCUGCAUGAUCACCAACUACAUUGUGGAGAAGCGCGAGGACAAAGAAGGAAGCGAGUGGGAAUUGGUGUCGUCGUCCAUUAAUGGCACAUCCUGCCGCGUGCCCAACCUUACCGACAGUGCCGGAUACUUUUUCCGAGUAUACGCUCAGAAUCGCUAUGGCAACAGCGAGCCGCUUGAACUCAUCACACCUAUACUCAUCAAGAGCCAAUUGGAGAAACCGACACCGCCUCAGUCAAUAACUGUUUCUGGAAUCACCAAGGAUUCCUGCGUAGUCUCCUGGAAGCCUCCGAUCAGUGACGGUGGCUCCAAAAUCAAGAGCUACUACCUUGAGAAGAAAGAAAAGAAGGAUAAGAAGGAAUGGGGUGAAUGGAUGCCCGUGACUACAGAUGAGAUCAAGCAGACAGUCUUCUCUGUCAAAUCCUUGUCAGAGGGCAUAGAACAUCUAUUCCGGGUGAAGUGCGAGAACCUCGGAGGACAAAGUGACUAUAGUGAGGAAAGUCCUUCCAUCGUUCCCGCCACAGCCGUCGAUGUCCGAGCGCCUGCAUUCAAGGAGGAAUUGAGGAACAUGAGUGUCAAACACAAGAGCAAUGCCACACUCGUCUGCAAGAUCACAGGUCAGCCAAAACCAGUGAUCAAGUGGUUCAGACGAGGAAAGGAGGUCCAUUCAGACGGAAAGAAGAUCAAGAUUCAAGAAUUCAAGGGAGGUUACCACCAACUGGUCGUCACCGAAGCGGAUGAGGAAGACUCGACCGUGUACCAGAUCAGGGCCACCAACCAAGGAGGUUCCAUCUGUGCUACCGUCUCUCUGGAUGUUGAAAUUCCUGCAAAGAUCCACCUUCCCAAGAACCUGAAGGACAAAGAAGCAAUUCCUGCCCUGCGUGGAGAAAUGGUCAAUGUUAAGAUACCAUUUGGUGGCAAGCCAGAUCCUGUCAUUACAUGGCAGAAGGGACAAGAUCUUAUUGACAGCAAUGGCCACUACCAGGUCAUUGUCACGCGAUCGUUCACAUCUUUGGUGUUCCCCAACGGCGUCGAGAAGAAGGAUGCGGGAUUCUAUAUUGUCUGUGCCAAAAACAGAUUUGGAAUUGAUCAGCAGACGGUUGAGCUGGAUGUGGCAGAUGUCCCUGAUCCUCCACGGGGUAUUAAAGCCAGCGAUGUCUCUCGAGACUCUGUCGCACUCAACUGGGUUGCCCCAGCAAAUGACGGAGGAAGCAAGGUUAUCAGUUAUAUUAUUGAAAAGUGCCCGACCACAGCCGAACGAUGGGAGCGUGUCGCUCAAUCUCGUGAUGCCCGCUACACUGUUACCGAUCUAUUUGGAGGAACAAGCUAUCAGUUUAGAGUCAUUGCUGAGAACAGGUUUGGACAGAGUGCACCAUCUGAGUCCAGCGGACCCAUCAUGACAAAAGAGGACAAAUCAAGAGUUCUCCUGUACGACACGGAGGUCGACGAUACGGGCUGCGUUUCCAAAAGCAAAGCCCGACACUCUGACGCAAAGAAUCUGCAUAACAAAUUCACUAUUGCAGAAGAACUAGGAAGAGGUCAAUUUGGCAUCGUCCACCGCUGCGUAAACAUCAGCUCGAAGAAGACCUACAUGGCUAAAUUUGUCAAAGUCAGGGGUGCAGAUCAGACAAUUGUUAAGAAGGAGAUAGCCACACUGAAUCUGGCUAAGCACACAAACUUCCUCCUUCUGCACGAGUCGUUCGAUAGCCCCGAGGAGCUGGUCAUGAUCUAUGACUUCAUCUCAGGCGUUGACAUCUUUGAGCGUCUCAACACGGCAGAGUUUGAGCUCAACGAGCGAGAGAUUGCCAAUUACAUUCGGCAGAUCUGCUCAGCCCUAGAGUUUCUGCACAGUCAGAGCUACGGACAUUUUGACAUCAAACCUGAGAACAUUGUGUACACGACAAGAACCGGCUCAAACGUCAAAAUCAUUGAGAUGGGCCAGUGCAGACACCUGACGCCCGGAGACCAAAUCAAGAUCCAGUACACCACUGCAGAGUACGCUGCCCCAGAGAUCCAUCAGUGCGACAUGGUGAGCACCGUGACUGACAUGUGGUCCGUCGGCGUCCUGUCCUAUGUGCUCCUCUGCGGACUCAAUCCAUUCACGGCCGAAACCAACCAGCAGAUGAUCGACAACAUUUCAAACGCAGCCUACGGCUACGACGAUGAAUCCUUCAAGCACGUUAGCGUCGAAGCCCUAGACUUCACCGACCGCUUAAUGACGAAGGAGCGCAAGCACCGUAUGACUGCUGCCGAGGCGCUGGCACAUCCAUGGCUAUCUGCUCCUGCGGAAAAUCUGAGCACCAGGACCGUCCAGAGCGGCAGACACAAGAGGUACUACCAGGCAAUGGUGAAGAAAGAAUGGAGCACUGUGGUGUCUGCAGCCCGCGUGGCCAGCGGCGGAUCGAUUCGGUCCCAGCGUGGCGUGUUAGUCGCAAAGGUGAAAAUUGCCCCGUUUGAACACGGACCGGUUGGAGGCCAGGUCGGACACUUGGUGGCCAGCGAGUGCGACAGCGUCAAGUUCAUCUGCAAUAUUGACAACUACGACAGCACCACUGAAGUCACUUGGUAUUGUGGCGUCAGGCAGUUGGAAGCUAGCGACAAGUACCAAAUUGAUUAUGAGGACGGCCUGGCGACGAUCACGAUCGCCAAGGUGACCGGAGCUGACGACGGCACGUAUAGAUGCAAGGUUGUGAAUGAUUACGGUGAGGACAGUGCCUACGCAGAGCUCUUUGUCAACGGCGUCAGGUCAUACCGUGACUUCUUCACUGCUCGCGUGAUCAAGAGGACAAAGCGUCGAAUCGACACCGCCAGAAUGCUUCAGAAGCCGCCCGAGUUCACACUUCCCCUCGUUAAUCACACCGCAUACGUUGGAGAGGAUGUGCGCUUUGGUGUGACCAUCACCGUUCACCCUGAGCCCCGUGUCACGUGGCACAAAUCCGGACAAAAGCUGGUCCCUGGAGAGGAUGACAAAAAGUAUACCUUCAUCAGUGACACGGGCCUGUACCAGCUAAUUAUCCACAGAGUCGAAGACGACGACGAUGCUGAAUAUAGCGUUGUGGCCCGCAACAGGUAUGGCGACGACAGCUGCAAGGCCCGUCUGACCGUGGUCCCGCGACCAAAACCAGCCGACCUCACUCUAAGGCCCAUGUUCAAACGUCUGCUCGCCAAUGUGGAGUGCAGAGAGGGCCAGAAUGUUCGUUUUGAAAUCAGAGUUUCAGGACACCCUGCACUGAAGUGGGAAAAGGAUGGCGUGCCCAUAGCCUUUGGGCCAUCUAUCGAGCUGGUCCACGAAGGUUUGGAUUAUUUCAUUCUUCAUGUGAGAGACACACUCCCCGAAGACUCUGGCGUAUACAGAGUGACCGCGACCAAUUCUGCUGGAUCUGCCAGUUGUCAGGCAACACUGAAAGUGGACCGUGUCGCUCAUGUAAAGAAAGAUUACGAGAGCAGCCAGAAGGAGCAGCAAAGUGUGUCUCAGAAGGAGGAAUUGGACAAAAAGGUCCGGUUGCAUCAGAUCUUGUCAGACACCGUUGUCUUGCCGUUACCUCCGGCUGCAGUGCAGGCCGUCAGGGAAGCGGCAACCAUGUUUAAACCCGCCGUGAUGACGAAAAAGAGCCAGAGGUCCGAGGCCCAAAUACAGGAAGAAAAAGAGGAGCGAAAGAGGCGAGCCGACGAGAAAAGACUGCGUAUGCCGUACGACGUACCCGCGCCGCGGGUCGUGAACCCGGCUGUUCUCGAAGAGGAUGUGGAAAUCAAACAUUUCAAGCCACUCUCGGAUAUGAAGUGGUACAAGAAGCUCAGAGAUCAGUACGAAUUCCCAGAGCCCAUUGAGAAAAUUAAGCAGAAGAGGAUGAAACGUAUUCGUCUCUCCAGGUGGGAGCAGUUCUAUGAGGUGCCCGUCAGGAUCAAAGACCAGUACAAGCCAAAGUGGCGCAUCCCGUCCAUGACUCAGGAUGAUUUAGAGACGGUCAGGCCGUCGUCGAGGCACCGUGCGGUCUCACCGGGGAUAGACGUCUACCGCAGGAUCAGGAGAAGGUCAUUGGGCGACCUGUCUGAUGAGGAGCUGCUACUGCCGGCGAAGGAGUAUCUGUCCAUGAAGAUCACCGAAGAGGAGAGGCUUCGCUUGGAGGCGGAACUGGAGCUCGGUUACUCGGCUUCACCGCCAAGCCUCAGCCCUGUCCGCUUUGAGCUGUCGUCGCUGCGCCCUUCAUCACCCGCGAGAGUCUAUCGUGAUGACGAGGAGGAGGAGGCGGGAGCCCUUCAACGGUACGAUUCGUACCGAAUUCCUUCCAAAUAUGAGGCCGGUCCAAGCUUUGUGGAAUUGCGGCAGCGCCAUGACAGAGCCACAUACAAGGCUCCCAGGCAGAAGCAAAGGGUAUACGAGGAGAGAGAGGAUCAGGACUUGCUGCGACCUCACACCACCACUCAGAGAAUCUCCUCCUACAAGAGUGAACUCCAGCGCAUGGAGUUUGAAGAGAAAAGUCGAAGUUUGAAAAAGGAAACGGUUAUCGCUGUCACAAAAGCUUCAGAGGGCAUCGAAUCGGAGCAUCUGACAUGUUUUGCGUCCAAAUAUAUUCCUAAACCCAUGAAGAAGCUCUCCACGCCUGAGCCAGAGAUAAGGGCUCCUCCCUCCGAAAAGGCUGUCCAAAAAGAGACCAUUUUGCCCAGAGUGGAUUUUCUCUCCAGGUAUGAGGAGAGAAAGCAGACUCUCAGAUCAGAGCGCAGAUCUGUGGAGAGAACGUCAGAUUCUCCUUUCAGUCUGGACCACAUCCCUCGCAUUAGCAUCCGCUUGCGAUCUCACCGCGUCGGCUUUGGUUCCAACACCAGCUUCACCCUGAAUGUCCAGGCAAAACCGGAGCCCGGAGUCAAGUGGUUCCACAACGGAAAAGAGAUCCAACCGAGCGGCAAACACCACAUGAGCAACAUGAGUGGACUUCUGACUCUCCAGAUCUACAACUGCGCCAGUGACGAUGCGGGAACAUACUCUGUGGUCUGCAGGAACGUCAAAGGAGAAGCUUCUGACAGUGCCACUUUGGACGUGGCAGCAGAAUUUGCUGCCUUCUCUGCCACCCACCGGGAUGAGGAACUGCCAUAUUCCCAACUUCCAGACAUGGCCAAAACAGAGAAGUACUACAUCUCAGCAGUGGCAGCAGUCAAGGAAACUAUGUCUGAAGUGGUGACAAAACAUAUCGCUGUUGUUGAAAAGGCCAAGGCCAUGGUCCCUGCAAAGAUUCUGACCAAACCUCAGUCUCUGAGUGUUGAUGAGGGAGGUCUAGCCAGAUUCUCUUGCGACGUGGAUGGUGACCCAGCACCUUCUAUAUUGUGGCUUCGUGAGGGAGCAGCUCUGGGGUCCUCUCAGCAUCACCACAUUGUCUCUACGCAGUACAGCUCCUCUCUGGAAAUUUCUUUUGUUCAGUUGUCUGAUGCAGGAAGCUACACGUUGAGUGUAGAAAAUUCCGGUGGUAAACAAGAAGCCUAUUUUACUCUAACCAUCCGCAAGUCUGAGUCCAAGCGGAAAGUCGGGGUCUCUCCCAGAGUCACCUCUCCUGAAGCCAAGUCCCCCGAACCUUUCAAAUCCCCACAGAGAAUCAAGUCUCCUGAACCAAUCAAGUCCCCUCUGAGGGUCAAGUCGCCACUCUCGCCAAAGUCACCCGCUGCAAAAUCCCCGCCUCCGUCGGUCAAGGAAGUCAGAGUAAAGUCACCGGUCUCCUCAAAUUCCCCCACUGCAAAAUCGCCGACUCCAUCUGUCAAUCAAAUAAAAUCACCAAAGCGAGUCAUGUCACCAACUGUGGGAAAAAAGUCUCCUUCUGUUGACGCGGAGAACCGCAAAUGCGGGACGCCACCUCACUUCCUGUUGCAACCCCGAUCCCAAAAUGUGGACCAGGGACAAAAUGUCAAAUUCACCUGCGAGGUUGCGGGAGAGCCUUUCCCAGACGUGGAGUGGUUUAAAGACAACUUGACUCUGUCAGCCACGUCCAACGUCAAAAUGACCUGGACCAACAGUAUGUACACACUGGAGAUUGGUGAAGCAACACUGGCAGACAGCGGCAAAUACACUAUCAAGGCCAAAAACCAGCUUGGCCAGUGCUCUGCCACAUCCUCCCUUAAUGUCAUCACUGAUGCACAAAGAAUGAUAAGUGCGGAACAAUCGGAAGAUUUCUCGGCCUCUUCGGUUCGUGUGACAUCAGCGUCUUUCAGCUCCACGGAGAGUUCAUCUGAGACGAGCUGUCAAAUUGUGCACACGUACGCUCAAUCGCGUGACGAAACCUCCUCCUCGUUCGGUAUAUAACACCCGCCACCCCCCUCCCGCCCCCAAUUUUCCUCACUGGCAAUGGUUUGUUUCAUGAUUAAUCAACAAGAAUUGACACCAAUUUAUCUUCUUGUAAAUAGGAACUCUUUCUUUUUUUUUGUACCAAACUUGACAUUCAGUGAUUGCCCAACUCAAGUCUCCAAUUGUUUUCAGAUGCGAUGACACUUUGGCAGUGACAUGUACAUAAUGUAUAUAGCCGGAUGUGACGGUUAUGGGGAAUGUAUGCAUUGUUAUUUAUGACAAGAAUAUGAAGCGAAGGAACGAAAGCAAAUGCGCUUGAACAGGAGAAAGUCCCGUGCGGAACGAAUACCCUGUUAAAAGCAGAAACUAAAAUGCUGCGCCUCAACGCUAUGUUGACGUCUAAGAUUUCCUCGGCAGGUAGAGCGUCUCCCUGUUGAAGUUAACUCGACACAAAAAAGAAACCUUGAUGUUUUGGACACGUGUCGCCUUUCUGAUUUCUGGCGAACGUAAGACCCCGAGCGCCGCCGGCGUCACCCUCGCGCGAGCGGCGUGACGACGUCUCACGCUCGGACCGACUGCGUCGUACCACCAAUUGAUUUGAUGACCGGCCGAGAGCGCAAGUGGCCUGUGCUCUCCCCUUUGACGUAGGGGCGCUGCUUCUUGCACUGGACGCUCCUUUGGAACGUCUCCUUACUGCCAAAGAAGGUCCAAGUGGACUCUGCUGUGCAGAAGCAACGCCAAAUCCCUUGGAGGAUUGCUCAUGAGUGUGUUGUGUGUAUUGUAGCUUGUAGUCAAGUAUUGACUUAUUUGCCACGCUGACUCCAUCUGCUGUGGCAAACCUUGUUUUGUUUCAUUUGUCCUCCUUGGGUGUUUUAUUGUUUUUGUUCUAAUAAAGCAUGAUUUCAGCACCA